AAAAUGGCCGGAGGUUGAGAGCGGACUUGUUUACAAAUUAGGUUAAAUAGAUUGAAAUACCUCUAUGAAGGAACUUGUGGCUUGUGACUGGCUAAAAAUGUCUUUUGAUCUGCUUUUCUCGGCUAGCAUACUUUUGGCUAUGUCAAGCCGAACCUGCUUUGCUCAAACUGGUAAGUAAGUCAUGUUAAAUGUGUUGUAUAACAAGUGACAUUCUUCAGUCCUAUCGGUCCAUCCCCACCUUAACAAUUGCAAAAUCCGUUCCUUCGCCGGUACACAGGUGUGCAGUAUGAACCACUGUAGGCAUUUUGAAUGCGACACCCACCAUCGAGUUUGUUUUUUUAGAAAAAGUCUUUAGAUCAGACCGCCGGUGGGGGCCAAAUUUGAGCACCGCUUUUGAAAAGUAGCUCGCCUGUUUCUAGAGUGAUGUUAUCUUGCGGUGAGAAUCAGGAAGGGGUUAAGGUGUUGUGGCAUGGUACUCUCGUUAAAUGUCCCUCAUGUCUCCAGGACGUUUGAAGAUUCGUUGAGUAUAAAGUCGUAUAAUAUACCAAAUAAUGGCUGUUACCAGAGUCUUUUAGGUCCAGUAAAUAUCGCUGGAGCAACGUUUUUUUUCUUUCAGCUCUUAAUAAGAAACUUCAUUGAUUAUCUGCAAAAAUUCCCAGCUUGUGAUUUAUGUUAGAAAACAUAUGCAUUAACAAUAAAUAUGGAUUAUAAUGAGUUCGAUUUUGUCUGUUCAGGCUUUUACUUAGACACAAUUUAACAAAACUGUCAAAUUUUUACACAAGUUUUGAAAUGCUAAACAGCAUGGUACCAGGAGAAAGAUCAGCUGACUGAGGGUUUUAUUUUAAUUGUCACUUUAUAAAUUUUUGCCCAUAGACUCAACAGUCAGAACCCGUUGUUUUACAGACUUCUUCAUUAACUCUAGCAUUGAAGGGAUUAAGUAUUGAUUGCGAUUUUAAGCUGCUUAAGUGCUAUCAGUAGCAUGAAAAAGUUUCGUAACAAUCCCGUUGAGAUGUGUUUUAAAUCAUCUCAUUUUAGUAGUCUUCUUUUCGUUUCAAUUACAACUUCGAUCCAGAUAAAUUGCCCUUAUUGAUCUCCAGACAUUUCUAAUAAUUACAGAAAGUCCCGAUAAUAUAUUAAUAUUGUAAAUCACAAUAUUAAUUUAAUCACUCUCAAAAGACCAAUUGAAAGAAGUGGCUUUGGAGAUUAUUUUUUACAUCCUUUAUUCACAAGAACAGUGAUGAAAAUUCGACUCGCCUCUGAACCGUGAGCUAAGAAAACCAGCCAUUAUAUCAAGAUCAAUUUUAAAUGUCCCUAAAAAUCUACAUUGUAACUAAAUAUCUGGUUAAUCUGAGACUAAAAAUAAACCAAGGUAUUGCUUUUGUGGUUUAGUUUAGAAUGUACGCAGACAAAAAUGUGUUAUUUUCCAGCGUUAUGACACCAGUAUUUCCAAACUCGUCCUAAAACACGGUCGUCGAUUCAUAAAACAAGGACACCAGAAUCGUUGUAUCUUUUCCAUGUUUUAAGAUCUAUUACGGGAUCUCGAGGCAUUAUAUAAAACUCAAGGCCUCAGUUUCUUUCAAACACUUAGGUUAUUGCAUGUUGUAUAUGUUUUCUGCGAACUUGAGUAGUCAUUUUAUACCCCCCAAAAAACAUAGUACUUGCAGAGUUUGGACUCGAGAGUCAAAUAUUACGAUGUUCAGGAAUGCUACAAUGUAAACAAAGCAACGAUUCAACUGACUCACGCAAUCAUUGCUGAAAUAUUUUAAAAUAAUUUUCGGCGUGAUUGCCAGGCGAUUGUAUUUUGAAUGAAACGAAAAGGUUAAAUUGGAGAAUGAAAUUAGUUAGUGGACAAAUUCACACACCAAGAAAUUCAGACACCCAAAAUCACUGCGUCGUUGCAAUAUAGCUUAGAUUAGAUAUGCGCACUGUUAGCUUACUACAUUUAUAACUUAGCUUGGUAUAAGACGAAAAAGUAAAAGAAUAUAAAUCUGGCACAUUUUUGUCCCUGAUUACAAUGGCAAGUCACUGGCUAUAAACAGUUAGGUCAUAAUUACCCCGUAGUAAAUGUACCUUUUUUAAAAGGCUUUAUUGCAAAGGGACUGACGGACCACUUUUUUUAAGACCGCUAACACAACACCAGAGAGCUAUGUGCUCAAAACUUUAUGCUCAGGUGAAGUUAUUAUGCUACUGGUAUUUAUGAAUAAGUGCUUUCAUACAAAUAUACGAAUUGCUAGGCCUUAUCGGACUUGCAUCAUUAGUUAACCUACAAUAGAGAGAAGUCGUUACAUCACGUUACCUUGGUUGCCAUGGUUUCUGGAUCUCAACAAACCGUAGUCCUGCAGAUAGGACAGAAAAUAGUGAAAAGGUUGACAUGUAUGACUUUUCCUGUGCAUGGUUACACUCAGGAACAAAACCACUAGCCCAUACUUUUCUGCCAUCGUUCGACAAUGAAAAUGGCCAUCUCUGUCAAGAAAAAUUGUUGUGAUCCAGAAAUUUUGCUACCAUGGUAAUCUUACGUCAGAGGUCUCUUCUCUAUACCCUUAGGUGUGUCGGAUAGGGUCUAUACUGUCCAACAGUUCCUAAGUUUCAGACUCGACCGGGGAUUUAGUAUCUCGUGCACAAAUUUUUCAUGAAGCAAGACUGCUAGGAAAUUUAUCCAUGGCUAUGGUAGAUGGCAUAAAUUGUAUUGGCAAGUGACAAUGGAAUUUAAUUAAAAUGCACAUUUACACUUACCCUCUUUCUGGUGUGUUAUCCUUUUUGCAAUAUACAAGGUAAAGGGGGGUCAACUGGUUUGCUUAAUUGGCUGAUCUACUGCACUUUCUAGUGGUACCGGACUUGAGAUUCUCAUUCUGUGACCAUAGCCAUUUGGCAGGUAAGUUCCUUGUAAGGUGAAAAAAAUAACUACCUAUUGCUACCUUUGGGAAAGGUUUAACAACCCUCUUCUGUGCGAAGCGCUGCUUAUCAGAGGAAAUAUCAUCAAUCAGUAAUGUGUCUUCAUAAGCAAUGCUUCUCUUUCUGCUUGUGUGAUCUUAAAUAACUGUUGUUACGGGUAAUAAAUAAUGUAUCUCAUGACACUUUCUUUUCACGUAUUACCAGAUAUAACAUCAAUCUCCUCUGUUUCAUCUGACAUUCCAUAUACGCCCUCUUCUACAUCAAAUAUUGUUUUAAUUUCAAGUGUGGCAUGGGAUGUUUCAUCAACAUCAACUCCUUUGGUUAUGCUGUCAUCAUCAAAACGUUCAUCAGAUACUGCACCCACGUCAUCUGUUUCAUCGGACAUAUCAAAUUCAACUCCUCCAACGGAUCUUACGUCAUCAUCAACUGCCGUACCGGAUAUCUUGUGGACUUCGCAUGCGACAUCGGAUAUCAUGACAAUAUCAACCGUUGCACCAGAUAUUAUGUGGACCUCGACUGCUUCAUCGGAUGCUAUUGUCUCAACUUGGACUGCUGCACUAGAUAUCGACCCAACAUCAACUGUCGCACCUGAUAUUAUGUUGGCAUUGUCUGCGACAUCGGAUAUUGAGUCAACAUCGACUGCCACGUUAGAUAUCGAUCAAACAUCAACUGUUGCACCAGAUAUUGUCUGGACAUCAACUGCUACAGUGAGUAUUGCGUCGACAUCGACUGCUACGCUAAACAUUGAUUCAUCAUCAGCUGUUACACCUGAUAUUGCGUGGACAUCGUCCUCGACAUCUGAUAUGAUGACAUCAUCAACUGUUGGGCCGGACAUUGAACUUACGUCAACUGUUGCAUCGGACAUUGACUUAACGACAAGUUUUGCAUUGCAUAUCGAGCAAACAUCAACGGUUUCUCCAGAUAUUGAGCUAACAUCAAAGGCUGCGUCAAACAUUGUGCUAACAUCAGCUGUUGCACUGAAUAGUGAGUCGAUAUCUACCUUUACACCGGAUGUUAGAUCAACGACAACCGCUACAAGUGAUAUUGACCUUUCUUCAAGUGGCUCACCCUAUAUCGUGUCGUUAUCCACUAUUACAGUGGAUAUUUUAUCCAAAUCUUCUGCUGCACCUGAUAUUGGGUCAACAACAAUUGCUACACCAGAUAUUGUGUCACCGACAACUGUUACAGUGGAUAUGAUAUUCAAAUCGACGAGUGCAUCGGAUAUUGUGCCAUCAUCGACUGUAAUGUCAGGUAGGUCACUAAUAUCGGGUACUUAUUAUUUGUUCAAUAUCUUUUGGCUUUUAAUUAUCUGCAUGUAGAGAGUUCGAUAAGGUCCAAAAAUGCAAGUGAGAAACAGGUCAUACAGGAAACCCGAAUGCUACAUUAGCUAAUAUAUCAUAAAAAGUGUGCUCGUGAUUCUUCAUGAGGGAUUUGAAUUGGAUCAAAGAUGGUUUACCUUGCUUGUUUCAAUUGAUCACUCUUGUCUGGGGCGCGGUAGUUUAGCCUCCAUUAUUAUUAACUUCCGAAGAGAGUUAAUACUUAAUAGUAACUGGAAGCUUGAGGUGUAUGUGGCGUCCUAUGCACGACGUGCCAGACAAGAAACUUUUGAAUUUGGCAAGAUAAACCGUCUUCUACCUGAUUGAACGAACGUCAUUGAUGCAUUUUGAGGGCCACUAGUUAUUCACUUCAAUUACUGUCCCGUGUUAUCCUCGUUAAAUAAAGUUGAUUAUUAUUAUUAUUAUUAUUAUUAUGUACUUAAAGAGUGUUCUAUAAAAACAACAAAUAUCCUGCUUACACCAACAACAAGUCAUGUUUAAUUAAACUAGGUUUUUAAAAGUGUAAAAAAAAUAACAAAAAAAAACAAGAACAUCGGCGUUAAAACAGAAUACAAAUGAACUGCAACUCGUUACGUAACUGCACCAAAUUUGCAAUUGAUAAAAGUACAGUAAGCAGAUUCUAUAAAGAAAACUAAUUUAAAACGUGUUUAACUAAACAGCUUUGAAACAUGUUUAAGCCUUGGUGCGAAUUGGUCUACAAGAGAUUCUUUUGGUUGCUCGUGUGGUGUUUAUAAAUGUCAAGCUAAAAGUUCAGCAGAUCGUUUUCGCGCUGGCUAAACGCUAACCCGCUAACGUUAUGCCGAUUUUUUAUAAAACCUGGUAAUUUGUUGAGCAAAAGAAAUACGUCAAUUGUGGUAUUUUUACAAAAUUACAGAAUGCACGAGAUAAGACAGUAUAUAUUAAUCCAUUUCUAACGACUCUAACCUCAACAGCAGUUCCUACGACGACAGAAACCCCGGAUGUCACAACAGAACCUUACGAUGCUACAACUGGACCGCCAGAUACCACAACAGGACCUGCAGAUACCACAACUAGACCUUCAGACACCACUACUCGACCUCCAAGUAUUACAAAUGGACUUCUAGGUAACAUUACUGGACCUAUAGACACCACAACUGGACUUCCAGACAUCACCACUGGACCUACAACUACCACAACUACUACAACUGGACCUACAAAAGUCACAACUAGCUCUCAAGAUAACACUACUCGACCUCAGGGUAUUACGAGUGGACUUCCAGAUAUUACUACUGGACCUACAGAUAACACAACUGGAAUUCCAGAUAUCACUGCUGGACCGGCAGAUACCACAACUGGACCUACAGAUACCACAACUGGCCCUCCAAAAACCACCACUGGAGCCCCAGAUUUUAGUAUUGGACUCGUAGAUACCAAAACGGGACCUCCCGUUACCACUACUCGACCUCCAGGUAUUAUGAGUGGACUUUCAGACAUCACUACUGGACCUACAGAUACCAUAACUAGACCUCCAGAAGUGUCAACUGAACUCCCGAAGGCUAAAACUGGACGCCCUGGAAAUGCAACUAUAAUUCAAGAUACAACAACGGUAUCUCCCCAUACCACAUCUGGACCUCCAGGUACCACAGAGAGACAUCCGGACACUACAACGAGACAUUCAGGUAUCACGCUGCUAUGAGAAGUGGCUUUAAGUGAGAUACAUAUGUAUUAUUGACCAAGCGGAAGGUCAAGAUGACUGGAUAUUGGCUAAGUUUUUUUUGGCGUUUUUAUGGGCCGAGACGAAGUUGAGGUCCACAGAAAUGCGAAAAAGAACGAUACCAAUAUCCAGCCAUCUUGACCGCGAAUAAUCUUGGUAAAUAAAGGAUUUAUUAUAUGGCAAAAAUAGAAAUUUUACUUGCGGAACCAACGCUGUAACGCGGUGUCAGGUGGCCAAAUAGAACACAGGAGUCAUUUCAUCUCGCGGAUUUAGCCAUAAAAUAUACAUAACUCAUCAGUGGCGUUAUAGUGGAUGUCAUUGUAACAUAAUGGCAGAUAAUUUUAUAUUAAAACUAUAUUAUACAGAGGCUUUGAUAGUAGGCGUCUGAGUUUUCAGUUGCUUGCCUCGUGUUUAUUAUAAUAAAUGAAUGUCAGGUUCAGCAUAAACUUUUCUGUUGGCGAAACGUUUUGACGAUCCAACUUUACUUUCAUGUUUUAUAUGUUAGAUCACCUGAUGAUAUGUUCAGUGAAGAAAAAUGGCAGAAAAGUGGUAUUUUGUAGCAAUUUUAGAAUUUAAAAGCGGACUAGAUGAUAGAAUUCUUAUGAUACUUACCUCAACAGCGGUUCCUGCUACGAUGGAAGCUACCACAACGACACCUCUCGAUAUCACAACUGGACCUAGAGAUACUACACCUGAACCUCCAGAUGUUACAACUGCACCCUCAGAUACUCCCACUGGACAACUAGAUAUCACAACUGGACCCACAGAUGCUGCAACUGCAUCUCCAGAUAUCACAAAUCCACCUCAAUAUAGCAAAACGGGUCCUCCGGACACGACAGCUGGGCCUCCGGGUAUGACCACUGGACUUCCAGAAACCACACCUCGACCUCCAGGUAUCAAAAAUUCAACUACAGAUUUCACAAAUGGACCCCCGGUUAUCACUACUGGACUUCCAGGUAUCACGACUGGACCUCCAGGUGCUACGUCUGGAUUUCCAGGUAUCAUGACCGGUUCUCAAGGUAUCAUAACUGAAGAUAUAAAUACCACAACGGGGCCUCCAGAUACCACAACUGAACCUCCUGGUAUUACAAACUCACCUCCAAAUAUCACUGAUCGACGCCCGGGUAUCACUACUGGACUUCCAGGUAUCACCACUGAACCCCCGGAUACAACUGGACCUCCAGGUGUCACGACUGGACCUCCAGAUGCUGCAUCUGUAAUUCCAGGUAUCAUGACCGGACCUCAAGGUAUCAUAACUGAAGAUAUAAAUACCACAACGGGGCCUUCAGAUACCACAACCGAACCUCCAGAUACCACAACUGAACCUCCUGGUAUCACAAAGUCACCUCCAGAUAUCACUAAUCGACCCCCAGUUAUCCCUACUGGACUUCCAGGUAUCACCACUGGACUCCCGGAUACAACUGGACCUCCUGGUGUCACGACGGGACCUCCAGAUACUACGUCUGGAAUUCCAGAUAUCAUGACGGGACCUCAAGGUAUCAUACCUGAACAUACAGGCAUCACAAGUGGACCUCCAGUUACCGCAACUGCACAUUCAGACAUCACGACUGAGCCACCAGGUAUUACGACCGGAGCUCCAGAGACCACAUCUGGACCUCUGGAUAUCACAAGUGGACCUCCAGAUACAACCACUGGUUCUCUAGAUAUCACAACUGGAGUCUUAGAUACCACGACUGAACAUCAAGAUACCACAACCGUACCCGUAGAAAUCACAAAACCUACAUCGACGACGCCAGAAAUAAAUCCAUUGCCGACAACUGCAUUACCAUGUGAUCGAAUUAGGCGGGAACCAACACAGGAGGACAUCAACAAUUCAUUUGUCGUGGUGACUCAAGGCCUCAGCAUUCCACAGGUUUGAUUUUUAAUUUUUUUUAAAAAAAAUGUCAAUAGAACUCCUUAUAAUUUAGUUGACACGGGGUAUAACGUGCGGUUGGUGAUGAUGAAGGAAGUGUUAAUGAUGGUGAUAUACAUUUGUCAAAAAACGCAUUUUCCUUUUUCUGUUUUAGUGGUGUUUCAGUGAGGAUCUAUUUCGGCAGCGACUUGCUGAAUAUGUUGCUGAAUUCUGCAUUAAUUCUGGAUCUUGCCCGAUUAUGUGAGUUGAUGAAAGAGUUUAUUGCCUUGAAUUUUCCCGCUCUACUAAACCUUUAAUCCAUAUUUUCUCGUUAACUUGCUUCCAAUUUGUCGGCUACUGUUUUAUUCUAUAAAGUCGCACCCCGCUUACACACACCCCCUUAAUACGGACAUCUCUGUUAUUAUGGACAGUUUUUUUCUCCCUGGAAAAGGCCCUUGCAUUUUCUCUAACUUUAAGCCGCUUAGGACCGACAUCUGUUAAUGCGGACAUCGGACUCUUUUUAUAGCGCCCAAUCAAAAGAUUGUCACAGAGAGUAAUACUCGCUAAUGCAUACACUUCAUUGCCAAAACUGACGCUGCACCGAACAUUUCCUUUUUCUAGGUUAAAAACAAAAUAGGUUGACAGUAUGCCGAUGUUCCCUGCACUUCAGUACACCAGACAAGAUGAAUUAUACACGCCAAUUUCACAAUAUUUUGGCAUCUUAACGAGUUAUGCUAUGAGAACUAAUUUUUUUAAGUAAUGUAUAAAUGAGCGACGUUUGAGUGUUUCCGUGGAUAAAGGUCAGAGGAAUGGGGCUUUGUAGAGACUAGAGAUGUUUAUAAUCAGAUACUUGUGUCCUGUAAUUAUUUCCUUAGUAUGUUGUUUAAAUAUAAGGGGUAUUUUUUGUUAUGAAAUAGCAUGACCCGCUUUUACCGACGCCCCGUUAUUACGGACAUUUUCUAUGGCCUCCGGCUUCUGAGUGUCGGUAUUAACGGGGUUUGAAUAUUAUUAAUCCUUUGCACCACAAAUCAUUUUAAAACUUAAUACUGACAAGCAAGAAACAGCAUGAUUGACUACAUCAGGUCUGCCGAUAACUUAACUGUCCAGGAGAUACUUAAAUCUUCUAUUUUGUUUUUCUUCCAAAGCCCUCCCCCAGAUCCUAAAAUUGUACAAAUAGCGCCAGGGUUUCCAGUUCAAAACACUCCUCUUAAAGUCAGACUCUACAUUAACUUGGAUGCUGGUGUGAACUCGUCUUCUGGCAUGACAACACUAACCCUGAGCAAGGUGGAGACGUUUUUGGACGCUUUUGUACAAAACGCGAGUGCUACGCUGGGUGUACAAGUUUCAGGUAAAGAGACACGAUUGACUAUACAUAGUCUGAGAAUCACUUUUCCCAUUGCUGGUUUGCACGUGACGUCACGGCGGCCAUGUUGGGGGUCAAGAACAAAAGCAUUUCUCUCCUCUGGGAACUAAACUCUAUUUUCACGUAAAUUCUUCGAGGAAAUAUUCUUUUGUUUUGACCCCCAACAUGGCCGCCUUGUCACGUGGUUGCAAACCAAGAAUUAGUGACGUAAAUGACCCUGGCGACUUAAAAAAGAGAACUCCAUGUCCAACUCCCUCAUCAACAGGGGAGACGUGAGAGUUGUAAUGCCUCUGAUGACAAUGCUCAGUAAAAUUUGAUGCAUGCGAACCCUGUCUGUGGAACCAGUGUUACCAUGCGGGUUUUUUGAGGGGGAAAUUUCUUUCCUCCAUUCCCUCACCUCAAGUGAAGGCGAUAGUGGUUGUUUAAUUUGAAAAGUAGUGUAAGAUUUUGGCUUGCGUGCAGCCUUUCCAAAUAGAGCAAACUUACCAUAAAAUUAUAUAAUUUCAAAAGCCAAAACGUUGUUGAAAAAUGGGCAAUGUUGAAAAUUCUGUAUACUGCUUAUAGAGAUUAUCGGGCACCUCUUCAGGGACAAUUACCAUAGCUUUGCCAGCUACCCAUGCCAAGUUCGUGAUCUCGCUCGAUCCUUCCACUUAGUAAAUUACUUAUGAGUUGGAAAGGCAUCAUAUUGUUAGCAGGGUUUUGAACUAUGUGUAAUUCCCUUGAUAGUUGAUGGAGGAUUCACAGAAUGGAGUCAGUAUGGACAGUGCAGCUCCUCGUGUGGGUCUGGCGCCCAAGUUAGGAUUCGUACCUGUACUAAUCCCCCUCCGGUUAACAAUGGUUCAGACUGUCGAGGACCAAGGAACGAAACACAGAAUUGUACUUCAGGAUCAUGCCCAGGUAAAAUUUUCUUCUCAUAAGUCUAGUUCUGUGGGAAGCUGUAGAUAUGGAAAUUAAUUGAAUUACGAUGUCAAGUAUGUCAAUGACAUGUUAGUUUUAAAUACUUCGCAAUUUUGAGGAGCAGCAUUUGUAUUAACAGCUAUAAUUUCUGCAGUAUCUUUUAAAAUCAUUCAAACUUUUUGCAUAAACGAUAAGAUGCAAAAGACUUACCUAUGUCUUACCUUAAGCGAAACUGUCGAAGCCUGCCAAUCGGUCCCACUCCACCGUAAAUCCACACACGCAAUCGCCUGAUAAAGACCUGCAGUACCGACUACGCGGUCGAGACGUUGCGAUCAUUAACUACGUGACUAUAAGUAUAAUUAUGUCGCGAGACAAACGAUAGGCGACCCCUUUAAACACAUGCCACGAUGAAUAAUAAUUUUCAUGACGGUUUUCGUUUUUAUUGGAAUGCGGUCUGAAAUACGGCGUACUAAUUGGAAUGAUGUUUCUGCUGCUCGCCAAAUGUUUUGGUGUAAAUAUAACUGAAAGUGAAACAAGUGCUAUUUGUUAGCAACUGAACUGAAACCUGUAAUACCGAGGCACUUGACUUAAUCAUUUGAAAAACAGAGAUAUUUUUAAAAAAGAUGGAAGAUUAUAGAUCACCCUUGAAACAGAGUCAAAUUGUCAUGUCGGUUCCCUAAUACAAAGGGCAAGUAUGCCGAGGCUUCUGUAUUCAUAACUUCCGUCUUUCUUAGUUCCUUGAUUUGGUAAUACGUGCGAGAACUAGAAAAGUCAGUCGCUUCUUGAAAUAGCUAGGUCAGCAGUGUUAGGUAAUUAAGAUUAAUAUUUAAUUACUAUUCAUUCAUAGAAUCGACUGAAAUAUUGAAAUUACACGUAAAAAGUGGGAAGCUGGCCAGACCAUUAAACUAUGUAUGGGUGGCAUAAGAGUAAACUUUAAAAAAAUCAGGCCUACAGAGUUUAUCUCUAUAUGUACGAAAGUGUGGCGAUUAAUUAUGCUCGAUGAUCUUUUUUGUCUGUUAUGUGGCCCUUACCUUAUAAAUGCAAGAAUAGAGUAUUGUUUUCAAAAGCCAGUCUGCGAAACAUACGGCCAAAACUUGCUACUUUAAGCUCAAUAUUGGGAACGCAUGUUGCUAGGACAUAACAAGACGAUUUUCAUUUACAAAGAAAGGACUAUAGGGCUAUGAUGAAUUGUGUAUCGAUGAAAUGUCGAGAUAAAGAACAAACAUCGUUCAGGAAUAAAAAGGUUGCUACGAUUACUAAGUAAAACAAUAUUUACCCUCUUAAGUUUGUAAAAUCUGACACUGCUCUCCUGAAACAUUUUUUUGGUAGAACAACUGAAAUUUUAAAUUUAAGCUACUCAUUAGCGAUAGUAUCGUAAAAGAGAGCCUUAAAAAUGGCCGGGCGAAUAAAGAUUUUCAAUGGCUUUGCAUUGUUUCAGCUGUUUUGCUCGUACAUGCAGCUGAUAUUUGCCCAUCAUAAGUAACUGACACUGGAAAAACUGGACCUUUUACAGAGAUAAUAAAAUUAUAGACUUUUUAUAUGAGAUCAAAUCUUCUCCUCUUUCUCACAGGGAAAACAAAAUGUUUGUAAAAUCAUUUUUGCGGUAUGAGGGACCUUCUUUUGCCGUGCAUAGUGCGUUUAAUUGUUUACGACGCCACUUUGGAAUACACACCGUGAAUCCUGAAGAGCCCUAAAGUGUUUAUAAGAUCAGAAACUUAAAGCAACUAAGAAGAUAUUGAAACAAUCACAACUAACGUUCGUACAGGCCACGUGUUUCGGAUACUUACAGGGUAAAAAGGUUUACAUGGAAUCACGUUAGUUACACGAUAGUGAAACUUUUUUCCAAAAAGUACUUAUAUACAAUGCACGAUUUCGAUCGUCGUUUUAAACAAGCUUCAAUGUUUUCCCUUGUAAUGCAGACGAAAAGAGAGCAAACAACAAACACUUAGCAUUGUAACACCGCCUGUUCAUCCCUGCUACCAUAACAAAAUGGCUAACAAUGGGUGUUAACUAUUUACAUUUUCUAUUGACAUUUCUAAUAGAGUGUUUUCACUCACGUGGCUUGCAUCUAUGCAAAUUUAAAUGGAACAAAAGAAAGCGUUUGCAUAAGAAAAGACUACAACUCCCACGGGAGGAUUGGUUUGGGACACCAAUAUGGCCGCCGUUUCAUUGUUUUGGGACACCACGUGACACUGUAUAUGCCACUCAUAUAAUACCCUUGUGCUAUAGACUGCAGCUAAAUCGCUGAUGACACCAAUAAGUCGCCACAUGUAAAGUUAACCAAAACAGUCUUGGAUCCUGGAUUUCGCGCCUAGAAUUCCGGAUUCCAGAUACUUUAUUCCGGUCUUUGUUAGUGGAACUUGGAUUUUGGAUUGCAAGUUGAAGAGGGAUUUUCGGAUUCCUUAAGCUGUAUUCCGGAUUCCAAAGCCCAAGAUUCCGGAUUAAAAAUUUCCCGGAUUCUGUAUUCCUCAAGCAAAAGUCUCCCGGAUUCUGGAAUUCUGAAUCCCUUACAUGGAGCGAAAUAAGAGUUCUGGAAAACUGCCUACACGAUCUGAAGCUUCUCGAACGGAAUUGCACAAACUUUUGACUGCUCCAACAGGAAUGUUGGACUUAGCCUCCUCGCCCGCAAAGGCUUUAAUUAAACUUGGAGUCCAGUAUAGCAAGUUUUAGGGCCUGAUGUACAUGAUUCGGGUUUUUCUAAUUUGCCGCUUUGCCCGGAUCUCGGCUCCUUAGUUAAAUGCAACGAAAAUAUACUUUAUGAUUAGUACAUAACAAGCGAGCCAGCCCGGCUAUUGAAAAAGCGACUCAGCCCACCAGACGGGGCCAGCACGGAUCGUUAAUUUAACCAUUCCCUUGUAAUUGCAGAGAAAUUAGUAAGCAUCAUAUUGGGACAAAAUCGUCGCCUCGAGAAAGAACUAGCUUCGAUAAAGGGAAGCAAUUUCCAUAGUUCAAGAAAACACGACCCAAACAAAAAUAAACAAUUAUGUAAACUUUCAAAGAGCUACAUUCUGGAUAUUGCCUGAUCAUAAAAACGUGUUUUCCUGCACUCGAAAAUCUAAAAAAGAACUUCUCUAUAGUUUAUCUGCACAUAUUUGAAAGCUGAAUUUAAUGAUUUUUGGUCUAAAACCCGAACAAAAUCUUGUCAAUUGAGAACAGUCAGCUUACGUUGGACUGCAAACGUCUUGUGUGUUUUGCUCACUGAAAAUUACUAAGAUUGAUCUUUUGUUUUUGUUUCAACUCUAAUGAAUGCAUUCUCUAGUAGGGAUUACGUUUGAUCGAGUAGUUUUAUAUUUAAAGAUUUCACUGCUUAAGUACUGGCUGGUACAAUAUCAAAAAUUUUCUAAGUAGCAAUUUUUUGAUUUGAACACAAGGCAGUGCUACCCAAAUGAUAAUAUUUUAACCAGUAAGCUUAAUUUAAUAGGGCUAUUAGAAAAUUAGCAUCAUCCCCGGGCUCUUUUCUGACCUCCGUGAGAAAGUCAAUACCAGUGGUUUUGCAACAGAUCGAAAUUGGUGGGAAAUUUCGACCUAACUUAUUUACAUAAUAUAAACUGCGGUUGGAAAUGACGGCGCCUCUAGAUUUAUCAAUCCUUACUAUCUGUGCAAUAAUUAUUCCAUUAAAGGCGUUCUAUCAAUCAUCUUUGUUAUCUUUAUAAUCGAGGGACGUGCAAUGAUUUGUAGCCUAUGAGCGUCCUGUCAGUGCUCUUAUAGUAUACGUUUAAGUAGGCAGUUGCGACCAAAGAGAAAUCCCGAUGAACCAAUUAUUUUAAUCGACAUUUCAUUAUUUGAUGCUGUCUCUAACGAAUGCGUACCAAUAUUCUACAGCUCCUUAAUCACCUCAAUAUGCGCUACAACCUACAUGUAGCGAUGUGUCAAAGCCAUAUCGCACGAUUUAUAAGGAGACAUUUAGUCUCCACUAGCACGUAUCCAUAAUUUAGAGCAUGGAAGCCGUCCAACUAUCUAGCAAGCCUUGCUCCAAUUAUCAAACUAAUAAAUAUACAUUGUCAGUUUAACAGCAGUCAGGAGAGAAAAAAACAAAGGAAAAAGUACGAAGGAAAUGGUAAAAAUAUGUAAACAACAAGAUCAAAACUCAGUGCUACUGUGCUAAUAUAGCUACCUUUGAACAAAAUAAUUUGCCAUAAAAGAGUCAAUACUCUCGACUGCUAUAGUAACAAUCUUAAACAGUAUAUUAGUCCAACUUUUCUCUUCUCAUGAAUGGGGAAAAAGUGAUUCAUUACAAGCUCGAGAUGAAAUUAUACACCUGAAAUUCCGUGCUUACAGGACAUACUUCAGUUCCUGGUUCUCCUGGACUUACGAUUUUUGCUUGCUAGUUAUAACUAGUAACUGCAACAUGAAAUGAUAUUCUAUUUUUGAAAGCCAAGGACGCUUUUUUAGACUAUUCAACAUGUUGUUUUUAUCGCUGCUACUUCUAUCCUUGACGAGCAUGAAAUCUGCAGGUAAGUGAUAAUGUCAAUUUCCUUUGUGUUUGUGUGUCUUCAAUUGACUUUAGUGUUAAGACGGAAGGAAAGUCAACAAAAAAAAAAAAUUAGAUAUCAUUGUCAUAAAUUAGGCUUUUGUACAUUAUGCUUUUGUUUCUGUAAUUUUUGUUUUUCGGAGGUAUUAGGGUAACUCUUUUUAAAUUUAACUUUAAGUGUUUAUUUUCUCUUAAUUUUUUUAUUUCAGUUUUCUCCGAAAAAAAAAAAUAUUCCUUAAAAUUCCGGUUCAGUGCUCGAAUUUUGCUUCAUGCUUUGCCUCACGAUAACCCUCGACAAAAAGCUUGCAUAAUGUACAAAAGCCUCCAUAAAAUCUUUGGUUUUUGUCGUAUUGUUUCACUUAAUAACUGCUGCCUUUGAAGCGACAGCACAGAAAAAAAAAAUGAGAAACAUAAACUUCGUGGUGAGUGGUAGCCGAUCUAUCAAAAAUUUCAUACGGUUUGUCGAGUUUAAAUUCGUAAAAGUGAACCACUCUGUAUGGCAAGAAAGAAAUUCUACUUGCUUGUUAUUCUAAAUAAAUAGUUAACCAAGAAGAAUUGAAAAUAGAUGUGUUUUUCCUAUUUCUCUUAAGAGUCUGGCUAUACCUAUAAAAAAGUAAUUAAUUAUAUACCAAAAAGUGUUCAAUCUUCAGUAAACAACUCUUAAAAACACGCAUAAUAAUCACGUGCAUGUUUUUGAAAAGCAUAUCAAUGCAUACCUCAAAGUUCGAAUAUUGAAAAGAUUUUACAUAAUCAGCUCCCGCAUUUAACUGUUGAGUUCAUUGGAAAUAAAGUAGAAACAGGUAUAGUAGUGUGACAAUCUGCCGAGGCUUCGUUUAACUUAAUGCUGAUGAUUGAUAUGAUAUAUUAUAACAUAGCUAGAAAAUUCGCCUAAUCAAAUUCAAUAGCGCGAGCGUGCUUCAUAUUCCUAUUGAGCACGCUGAUGACGUCAAUAAACUAUUCGUAAUUCCUCGAGUUGUUGGGAGCUUAGCAAUCCUGAGUCUCCCGAGUGCAUCCAUAACUCAGCAAUAGACAAUGAAGCGUUUACCAUGUGUUUUAUAAGGAAAUUUAAGAGGAAAGGUUUGAAUUUGUUAACCGAUAGUAAGGAAAAGAGGUGAGUGUUGUUGUUGUUGUUGUCAUCUCGGCGAGCUGUGCGGGCUAUGGCGUGAGAUCAUUCUUUGCAAAGUUGUUUUCUCUCAAUAACAAUUUUUCGGUAAAUUAAAAGUUUUCCGGCACCUAAAUAUGGAUUUUGCAAUCAUUUUAGAGUACACUUUCUCUCAGUUUCAGGAUAAAAACAUAAGAUUAACUGUGAGGAAAAAAAAUAUAGUCACGUAAUCAUUAACGCGUACUGCUUUGAGCGCGCCCUACAAUAAUAAAAUUUUCAGUUAACUGCUGCAUUGAUCGCUUUGAUAAUGCUAUAAAACAAUUAGUUCAUGCUGCAGCUGUGCGUAUGUCGAGAUAUUGAGCACUUGGGAAGUUUGGAGAGCACUCAAAAGGCUAGAGUUGCACUCGGCUGCGCCUCGUGCAACUCUUACGCCUCUUUCGUGCUCUCCAAACUUCCCGCGUGCUCAAUAUCUCGACAUACGCACGCUGCCGCAUGAACUAAUUGUUAAUUUGUACCCAAUUAUAUUUUUAGACAAAGUUAAUCGUGCGGCGGGGAACAACCUUCCUCCGCGCGUCGUUUGCUAUAUUAAGCUGCGGUGGGAUGACAAUGUUUUGCCGCAUUUUAUCUAAGUUACUUAAGCGCCAACUAAAUACUACAUUUCUGGCCCACAAUUUGUAAUGUAGACAGGAUGUGAGUCAAACUGGCGAAAUAAAUAAAAUCUAAUAAACGACUUUUGUUAACGUAAGAGCUGUUUUCAAAAUCCAGAAAGUAAUGAAUUACUUCAGUAGCUUCAGAUAGCUUGAUUUAUGUAAUGAGACACGAUUUGCGGCUUCAUUUAAUAAUUUUUUUUCAAAUUAACUCAAUAUUCGUCAACUUUUAAUUUUGUUCCAAGAGACAUGAGCCUAGAACCUCCGCCAAGCUGUGGCACAUAACAUUAAUAAAUUCUAUUAAAAAGUCCCCAUUUUUAUAACUCAAGUACUGUUUUUCAAAACCACGAAGUGUGUUUUAUCUAGCUUGAAAACACGAUGUGUGGCGUUGCAAUAUCACGAACUGCGAGUUUAUUAAAUUGUUUUAGAGAACUUUGAAUUCAGUAUUUUUUGUUAACGAGGUAUACCUCAGUAGUUUCUUUUUUCUUUGGGUGAAAUGCAGGAUGAUUGGAGAGACUUUAUUUUGGCACUACGUGGCAAAAGCCCCCGAUUGAUUGAUUGUGCAGCACAUAAAAAUUGGUGAAAGUAGCAACAACAAUUUAUAUUCAUGACACGGAACUUAAGGUUGCUGCAAAACUAUGUACAGUGUUAAACACACAUUAAUUUUUAUGCAGGCAAAUUUUGCAAGCGCAGCUUAUGUAUUGUUCUUCAGUGCUAUGUAUUAUUCGCAAGGCCGGGCCAAAUUUUACUUUAAAAAAAUAUACGUUUUCAAAACUGAUUUAUAUUAGAAACUUACCACUCGAAAACAUAAAGCUCAACCCGUUUGUAAUGUUGUGUGUGUGUUUUACGUUGACAAACCAGAAGGCCAAGCUUCACUGACGUUUUUUGAACAAGAUUGUCUGGACACGCACAAUAGCUAUCGACAGCGGCAUGGAACAAGUGCCUUGCUCUGGGACGAGGCAAUUGCUUCUGGAGCACGAAAUUGGUCUCAGUUUCUUCUGCAGAAUCAAAGUCUGCUACACGACACAACCCACUCUUUCGGAGAAAAUCUUGGUUUUCUCGCCAUUAUUCCAGCCCAAAACAUCUGCAACAGUGCCGCUGAAACGUCCUGUGUCCGUUGCAGCCAGAUUGUAGAUCAAUGGUACAACGAAUCUUCUAAUUAUAAUUUUAAUGACGGGACGCCCAUCGAUCCUAGCUUGCCGUAUCUUCAUUUCACCCAAGUAGUAUGGCGAAGUUCGUCAAAGCUUGGCAUGGGGGUGGCUUCAGGAGGAAAUAGUCACUAUUUUGUGGCUCGUUAUGACCCAGGAGGAAAUGUGGGUGGCAGAUUUGUAAGAGAAGUUCCACGUGUGCAGCCAACAGGUUUGUAAACGGCAUAUUUUUGGUGCUUUGAAGAUAUAGACAUUGUUUGGCAUGGACGGAACUUUGAUUUGAUUUGGCAGUAAAAUUUCAUCAUAUUGCAUUGCAUAACAUGUUAAUCAAAUAUCAUCAAUGCUUUGAAACUCGGUUGAAAUGCAUGCAUCUAAGGAUACCUUACAAGAUUUUAAUUGUUUGCCCACGAAUAUAUAUAGCUGUUGUUCAUGUUUUGUUGUUGAUAAUUAUAACAACGAAAAUUGUAGUAGAUAAUGAACUUGUUAUUUCCACAAGUUUAAUGUCGAAAUGAUCUUUUCCUCUCUCUAUUUGAAUUCGCUUUUUUAAAUAGAGGAAAGAGUGUAGUAGACCUUAACGCUGUAGUAUUUUGAAUAAACGAAUGCAAACUGCAGAUUAUAUCCUAAUAAUGGAAAUUUUUCAGCUAACCCAUCCCGUAAGAGCAGCAUUGCAAUUGAAUUAGUUUAACUGAGCGCUUUCAAAUCUAAGAGAACCCGAACACGUACGUUGUCCGCCUCUAUGGCAUCUGAUCUAUGGUGGUGGUACUUAGUCAGUCAAAAGUGUUUAAUCCGAAAGUGUAUCGAAAGUAAGAAAAAAUAGAACAUUGCUUACUCCUGAAAGCUAAACUGAUGCGUAAGGAACGAAGUUAAAAAAUAGUGUUUAUGCAUGAAGAAUUUUGUCACAUUUGUUUUAUUUUCAUUUUGCGGAAACUACAACAGAUCCACCACCAACACCACCAGAUACAACAACCAGCCCACCGGACACCACAACAGGGCCUCCUGAAGUAACAACAAACACGCCCGAGAUCACAAAAUCACCCGUAGAUACUACAACCAGCCCACCGGACACUACAACAGGACCUCCGGAGACUACAACAGCACCCCCGGAUACUACAACUACCUUACCGGACACAACAACAGGUCCCCCGGUAACUACACCAAGCCCAUCAGAGACAACAACAAGCCCACCGGAAUUAACAACAGCUUCCCCCGAUACCUCAACAGUACCCCCAGAUAUUACGACAUCACCUCCAGGAGUCACAACUGGUCCUUGCAAUCGAACACGACGAAGACCAUUACCAGAGGAUGAAAGUAAUUCGAUUAGCAUGGAAAUUGUAGGCUUCAACAUUCCACAGGUUUGCUUUUCCUUUAAUUGUCACCACUUUUGCAGACUUUCUUACUCCGUGUUGACUUCCAAGCUCGACAAAGAAAUCGGCUGGUCGUAAUUUAAUUGUAACGAUCAAAUAACUGCUUACAAAAGCAAUCUGUCAACAUGGGGCAAAGUACCUCGUCGAACAGCACUAGAUUCUCGCGUUAACCAGAAACUUCGAUACUCCAUAGCACAGAUCAAUUUCCAUGCAUGAUACCACGAGCCUAGUAUACGAUACCCUAUUUAACCCCCACUUCACUGUGGGACAAACCUACCUACUGCUCUUACAUAUUAGGAAGUGCCUCCCGGCCUUUCUCAACCUCGUUCCCUGGUUCUCUCUCCUACCCAAGAGAACACUGGGAACGAGGUUGGGCCCUUCUGCCUUCAUAAAUGAAAUACGGAAUAGACAACACGCCCUGUUAAAAAGCAACAUUUACAAUUAUUACCGUGUAAUCGCAAAUGUCGUGUUUUCCCCUCUCUUUGCCUUUCCCUUCAAUGCCAAACUAACUUCACAGCGUUGUUCUUUGUAUUAUAUUUUUUAGUGGUGCCAAAACGAAGAUCAGUUUAAGAAAUCUUUUUCUGCAUUUGUAGAUGAUUACUGCCGUAGAAGAAGCGGAGCUUGCGGGGUUCCGUAAGUUUCAAGUAACUUAUAAUCGGCAUUGCAUUUUAUGUGUAAUGAACCAUUUUGUCCCGGGAGACUAAAAGUAGCUUUGUUUUACCUGUCUAGCCUCGCGCCCAAGUUUUUCACUGCGAAGUCGAGGGUGGUAAAACAAAGGUUUUUUCAAUCUCUCGGGACAAUAUGGCCGCCUUGUGAAUAAAGGCACAUAGACUGGAAGAGCGCCUUAAAAUUAGUUAACUUGCCAAGUUUGAAAGUGAUACGCUCCGCAAAGUUGGAAAUUUUGCAAACGUUUGUAUGGUGAAGGACAAGUCCCAACCAUACAAACGUCCUUAAAUUUUGGCCACUUUGAGUAGCUGUAUCUUUGUUAGUCUUCAACAAAUCACUUUCAAACUUGGCAAAUUUUACUAAUUUAAAGAAGCGCUUUCCAGUGGAGUCCAAUGAUUUUCCCUAACUUAUCCAUGUGAAAAGUUGAAGAAAAAUCCGCGGAAGGGUCUAUUACGCUUGAAUGUCGUGUAAUAUGUUCUUAUGGCACCUUCAGCCCCAUUUACACUAAAGAAAAAAGGACCCAAUAAAAAAAGAACCCAUAAAAAAAGUUGGUACGGACCAGAUAUUUUUGCCGUGUAAACCUUCCGUACCAUGCUUUCAUGAAAUGGAUCCGGACUUGCCUUUUUCUGGUUGACUAUGGCCCCAAAACCGAAAAAAACGAGUCUGGACCCCUUUUGCUGCCCGAAAGCGCCUUGUAAACGCAUCUUCAUUCAGUACCAUCUUCUUCAUGUGAGCCUGCCGUGCUUUUCGGUGGUUUCGUGCGUGCGUACUAUUGCACUUUUCAAUCAUGAGCCUAACCUGAUUGUUACCCGAGUAAACGAUUAAAAAAAAUUGGUCGCGGUUUUUCUGUAGUGUACAUGGGACUUCCACUGUCAGUAAAAUAAUUUCCUUUUUUAUCUAUUGAACAAAACAAAUUACUACACGAUAGCAAAGUACUUGUAUAUUUUUGUCAGACAAAACUCAUCAAAGAGUAAAACAUUGACCCAUGAUUGUGGUAAAUUAGGAAUAACAGCCAGGCCCUUGAAGUAAACCCGUAAAAAAAACUUAAAACCGCAAAAACACUGAAUAAUUCUUAUUUUAUGCCAAUAGCGCUAUAAAAACACUGAACCACUAAAGAAUUCAAAUUUUUAUGCUGACGUCAGUAUUAUAAAAAUACAAAAAAUUGCAUUGAACCUGUUCUUACUCUAUUAUUCAUUCUGUUAUUAUUGUUAUUACUUUUAGACAAGUUUUGAAUGCAUCUGAGGUUUUCUUACAACCUGGUUAUCCAAUGGCAAUGAGUCCCAUACGGAUAAAGGUUUAUGUUCGUCUGCCAGCUGCAGGCGAUACAUCUGUUUCACUAGAGAGGGGGCUCUUAACAAAUUUUUUGCAACCUCUUGUGCAAAAUAUAACAAAUACCUUUGGAGUGCAGAUUUCAGGUACGCAAGGUAACCAAGCCAGUGCCAGGUUGUCAGACAGUAGGGACGUCUCGAAAUUAAGACGCGCGUGAUCUGGGGAAGGGGGCGGUGCCCACCGCGGUCAAACUUCUAAGGUGUUUUUUGUUUAUUUGGCGGGAUUUCAUGUACCAGAAAGCGGAAGCAUGGCCAAAAACGUAACUAUCUUUUCAUUUUUGACUAUUGACUAAUUAAGUAUCUUUUCAUUUUCGUGAAGCGGAGGUGGCGCCUCUCUCCGCAGCCCCCUCGCGUUUCUCGCAUCAGUUUUCAUCAUCUCUGCACGUUAUGAGGGAGCUUAAGCAACGACAACGGCAACGAGAACGGCAAGUAAGCAAUAGGUUGAGUAAAACAACAACUCUGCACGUGCAGCACGCUUUUUUUGUACAUUUCUUUGCCUUCAUUGCACGACUACUUCGUGAGACUUCUUAGUUUUAUGUUUUAUGGAGGAUGUGAACACAAGACAAUUUUCUUUUUCUUUUUCUGACCUUAGAUAGAUUUAUAAUUAGAAUUAGAAUUAACUCUAGAAAACUUCCCAACAUUUGAAACAUGGCGAAUUCUCUUAAAGUGACGUUUUCGCUACCGUUGCCGUCGUGUCUUAGUGUGGAAUUCCAUUGUGGCGUAAAUUUUACGUACGUGUACGCGCACGCAAGUCGAUCGAGAUUCAACUUUUACGCUAACUAAUGCCACAUUUCAUUCAUUGCCUCUAUUUUAUUUGCGGAAGUAAUUUUUACACAUGUGGGCACAUAAAAAUUACGCGACAUUGUAAAUCCACCCUGAAGGCAAGAGCCCGCAACAGGCUAGUAUGCAGUAGACAGUGUUGAUAUCAGCAGAAAAAUAUCACAUCACAUGUUUUACAUAUGAAAUUUGCAUAGCGCAUUAAGUCAUACUUCCAUAUAUAAGGACGUUAAAAGUACAAACUUCUUCAUACACAUUAAAAUGGUGUCCGUGUUAUGAACCAAGUGGCACAUUUUGCGAAAACAUUGCCACAUGUAACAUUAAGUUUGGUAUCUUUAAACCUGUAAAACAGUCUAUGUAGAGAUAUUUAUCCAUAUUGAUGAGUGUCCGCAACUAACAGGUUCUACAAAUUCAGCGGAUCUCGUGUCCUCAUGUCCAAGGGCGACAAUUCGCUGCAUUCCUUGCAGCGUCUCAUGCGCCGAGUUUCAUGAGAGUGAUACAAAUUGAUCGCACAUUUCUGACAAAACAUUGUAACUUUUGUUAUAAACCACACCUGUCAGGGCUACAAAAAAUGAUGCAAAAAGUGUGAGUUCCGAACCAAAUUAAAUUUUAAUUGAAUAUUCCAUCCUCUCUUUACUUAACAGUUGAUGGCAACUUUACAGAGUGGGGAGUCUGGGGACAAUGUAGCUCCUCGUGUGGGCCUGGUACGCAAGUUAGAACCCGUACCUGUACCAGUCCCCCUCCAAUCAACAAUGGCUCAGACUGCAUGGGACCUAAGUUCCAAACACAGCCCUGCAAUGAUUUUCCUUGCCCAAGUAAUUACUUUUCAUUUAUCAAUUUUAAGCAUAUAAUUUGUGUUGGUUUGUGAAAUUUUGUGGUGGCGAAUCAAACGAAUAGGAUGACUACAUAAUCGAGUAGAAGGGGAAAUGAAAAGUUGAACGUUAACUAUGUAAACGUGGUUAAUAACAAAUGACUGACUCUGGGAUCACGGAGGCAUUUGAUGAGGUUUUAACUGCACGCGUAAGGUACUGGACAUACCGCGGAGAUCCUACGUUACUGUGGGUCAGUGGUUAAUUUGGUAUUGAUUUAGCAUUCCCUUUGUUUCUUAAUUACAAUUUUUCACAAAGAAAUUUCUGGCUGAACAUUGGGGCUUACCUCUAAACAUGCCUUUGCCUUCAACACACCAACUCAUACUCACUCUUUUCCUAGUAAUAGAUUUGAGUUACUUAUUGGGGCUGUUUAAGCUACAGUUGUAAAUGCUAAAAUCCAGUCAAUGUUUUGUUUAUAAGAAAAGUUCAAUAAACUGCCUUAGCUAGUCUGCCAUCACUCCUCACAAAAAUAAGAAAGAACUCAGUUAGAUAAUAUUAUUAAGAAACGGACGUCACGUUGCAUCUGUGUUCGAUCACUAAAACAGGAUGGCCCAAGUACAAACUUGGCGGAUUUGUGUUGCGUGCUCUCAGAAUUGAAACUUUCUCCUAGAUCACAACUAAAAGACAGAAAUCGGGUAAAAAUUAAACACUAUUGCCAAAUAAAAGUAUUUUGACGUAAGUUAUAAAACGAAGUGGUACAUUUAUUGACAUAUUUUCCUUUAAGCUGCCGUACCAACAACAAAUGCAUCCUCAAUAGGAGUACCAACCACAGGACCACCGACCACAGAUUCUCCAACAACAGGACCACCUGCUACAGGUCCUCCAACCACAGGACCACCAACAACAGGAAUACCAACCACCUCCCAACCUUGUGUUUUUCCAACUCGAAGACCUGUUUCACAAGAGGAAGUUAACGACGCGAUUUCUAUUAUCAUUCGUAAUAUAAAUUUGCAACAGGUGGGAAUCUUUUUAAUCCUUUAUUCGUGGUGAAUUAGAUGUACUCCUAAGAGAAAUAUCAGUUGGCAUUGAGGUUAAAGGAAAUGGAUUUUUCCUGUGGUGAACGAAUAUCCUGCUAAGCCAUAAAAAAUAAGGUUGCAAAAAGGAAAAUAGAUGGAGGUGUUCUCUCGUCUCUUCUGACCAUUUAGCUUCUCACUGUAGCUUAGGAGCAAGGAUGGGCUUUGUUGCGCGAGGCAGAUCACAUCUUUUUUUACAAAACGGAGCAUCGAUGGAGAGAGGGGAGUAAAUUCAGCGACCAUCGACGUCACGUUCAUCAGUUAAAUUCCUGUUGCGAGUUAACGACGUAAAAUAUGUUUUGUUUACCUGUUACCUAUUUUUAAAGCUUCCUCUGAGGCAAUUUUCCCUAGUUACUCGGAGUUCAAGUCUUUUGCUCACACAGUAAGAACUCCGUUCAAUAAACUAGGAUAAUUAGCUAAGAUUACCUGUACCUUCUUUGAAAUUAUUCAGCCUUUAGUCUUCUCCGUGAACAAUGGCCCGCUUUUUAAUAGCAGGCGAUUUCUGACGGAACUGUUGCUAUCUUAGAAAUUUUUGAGAUGUAUAUGUCAUUUUCCAAAUCUUUGAAAGACUGGAUCUUGAUCAGUACUGACUGUAAAAAUUGUCUUCCAAUUUCAGUGGUGUGUAAGAGAGGGCGCAUUUAAACAGGAACUUGUUCCCUUUGUCAUUGACGUUUGCAGCAGAAGUGCCUCACAGUGUGGGAACAUGUAAGUACACGAAGCAGGAAAUUAAAAACAAAUCAUUAUCAACAGAACAACUUGAUUUUAGUUUUCAUCAUUGUUUUCACAUGAAGAAUUAUAUAAGAAUUAUUAUUGAAUCAACUGUAAUCAUCACUAUAAUCAUUUUCAUGAAUAAAUAAAUGGUAUUAAUAAAAUAACUAUUUUUAAGAGGUGGCAUAUCCACAUAGGGGUUAUUUGUCUUCCAUUUUUGGUAAAAUUAGAAUUUAGAAAUAUUGAUUUUUGAGGAGAGAAGAAAACCGGAGUACCCGGGGAAAAACCUCUCAAGGCAAAGGAGAGAACCAACAACAAACUCAACCUGAAUAUGGCGUCGUCGCGGGGGCUUGAGCCCGGACCACAUUGGAAGAAGGGGAGAGGGUAGGCUCUCACCACUGCGACAUCCUUGCUCCAUCCUUGAGAGAGUAGAGUUGCAAAAUUAUAACAAAACUGACCAUAAUGCUCUACAUCAACGAUAUAAUCAACACGUCAACAAUAUUACAACUGAUAUUAUUUGCCGAUGAUACAAACGUUUUUGUGUCUCACAAGGAUAAAGACUGCCUGACUAAUAUACUGAACGCUGAGCUAAAUAAGUUGUCAUUAUGGUUUACAGCUAAUAGGCUUUCAUUAAACUUGAAAAAAAAAACAAAUUCAUUGUAUUUAAACCAUGCCAAAAGCGUACAAAUCAAACUAUUCAACUUUUAAUUAAUAGCCAAAAAAUUGAUCAAGAAAAAAGAAACAGUUUUCUUGGGAGUAAUCAUGGAUGAAAAUUUAAAUUGGAAAACUGAAAUCUCACAUGUCGCCAAUAAAGUUUCUAAAUGUACAGGAAUUAUUCGUAAAUCCAGUUUCUAUUUAUCUACGAAAACCUUACGAACACUAUAUUUUUCUCUAGUCUAUCCAUACGUUUUUUACUGCAACUUAGUUUGGGCCUCCACUUACAGAACUAACCUUAUUCGUCUUGAGAUUUUACAGAAACGGGUGAUCAGAACCAUAGCUAAAACCACUUUCGAUGCACAUACUGAUCCAAUCUUUCAAAAUCUUGGUAUCUUAAAAUUUCAAGAUAUAUACUUAAAACAACUAGGCUUAUUCAUGUACUCCUAUCAAAACCAUACUCUGCCUUUAAAAUUUCAUUUCAUUUAAAGUCAAAUUCAUUCGUAUAAUACAGGAAACUCGUGUAAAUUUCGUCCGCCUUUCUGUCGUACUCGAACCAAACAAUUUUCCGUUUUUUAUCAAGGACCUAAAUUUUACAACACCUUAAACACCAACGUCAUCAACGCUUCCUCACCUUUUUCCUUUAAAACAGCACUUAAGGCAUUUAUUUCUAAUAAUUAUUAGUAUACUCCAACAGAAAUCUUGCGAAAAAGCCUUUUAAUAUUUAACAUUAUUUGUAAACUUCCGUAGUAUUGAUUAGUUUAAUUUUCCACCUGAUAUUAUUUUGUAUCUGUCGCCGUAAGUUUUAUGCCAUCUUCGAAAAAUUGUAAUUGAGGAGGCCUAAUUAACAUAAGCUCUAUAGUUUCCUUUUGCCCUCCUCGCCAUUUCUUCCCACAUUUUUUUUUGGCAUUUCUUUGUAAUUAUUGUAAUCGUGUGGCAAAUAAACAAAUACAAAUACAAAUUCAAAUACAAAUAAAACUCGCGUGACAUCUUUUUUUUCGAAUAGCUAGCUUGCAAGUGAAUUGUGUGUGGUUGCGCUUAACACUUCCAUCAUAAAAACAGAUUUGGCCCUCUUCACCAGCCCUUUCUUCCAUUCUUGACUUGAGGGAAACAAACGUUAAGAAUGUCUUCGUCUGUUUAUUCAAGUAACACAGCAGAUUUAAGAAAGGUCCACUGAACACGUUUAUAUGGACAUUUACAUCUAUCCUUAAAAAAUAUUUGUUUCCAGAUCAGCCCUUCUUGCAGAUGAGGUUCUCAUAAACAUAGUUCCAGGUUUCCCAAUCCAGUUCAAUCCCGUAGAGGUCAGAUUCUACGUUCGACUCAAAACUGGCAUGAAUGCUUAUCAGACGCUCGAUAGAGAAAUUGUGACGGUAAUCUUGCAGUCCUCCUUACAAAACGCUAGUGAUACCCUUGGUAUACAAAUAACAGGUUUGUAAUUGUAAGUAGUAUGAUAGGCAUGGAAUUGUUCUUUUUUACAAUGAAACACCCGUUUUAGCUUGUUGAAAACUAGUUCGCAGUCAUGCAUUUCCUUUUUUGAGGGAAGAAAAACAGAGUUUGCGUUUGAAAUUAAAUUUUAAACAGAUUGCAAUGGUAACAAGAGAUACUAGAUACACGCUAAGUUUUUUCGGUUAUUUCUGAAGUUUAAAUACGUAGUCAAGGUUUCUAACGAUUACCUGAACGGUAAAUUUAGUCCUCGAAAAAGGUAUUUAUCACCCGAGAUAAUAACAACUUUACGUGACGAGAUUUAAUUGUAUGAUCGAUCUCCCUGAAAAAGACAAAUAUACACAGCUCCACAAAGUUUUUGGUUUGAUUGCACUUCUCUCCACGCCUCUCCCGUUUUUUUGUUUUUUAUAAAAGACUUCACCAUCUCCUAGUUUUGACUUUAUUUAUCACCUAUCCAUUGCUGUUAUUUUACCAGUUGCUGGAAACUUUUCCGAGUGGAGUGACUGGGGACCGUGCAGCUCCUCCUGUGGGACUGGUACCCAAAAUAGAACUCGUACCUGUACCAAUCCUCCUCCAAUAAACAAUGGUUCAGACUGCGAGGGAGUUCGGGUCGAAGAAAGACUAUGUAACGGAAGCUCAUGCCCAGGUAGAACCAGUUAUUCCGUUAAAUAUGAUUAACGCAUUGUCUGCGAUUAUCCUAAUUCAAAUCUGUUCACUAUAGCGAGAGUAAAAACUUUGCAAAACCUCACCAGAUUGUUCUUCAGAUGUUCUAAAAGUCAUUAAUUAUUCAUGAAUGCAAUCUGACAAAAGCCAAUAAUUUACGACAAUUUGGGUCAUGUGGAUGAAUCUUGAUUCCUAAUAAAACGCCAGAUAAAACACCACCAGGUUUUUAUCUGAGAUCAAACAGGUUUUUUAUCUGAGAUCAAACACUUGCAUUUCUUAUGAGUUAGAUAUUUGUUGCAAUACCAGAGAAGAAACAUGUCACUGCCUAAUUUCUUAAAGUUUCAGUCGAGAAGACAUGUCAAAAACUCGGUAUUUGGAACCCGUAAUGAAGCCCUCGCCAUCAUUCUUGACAUAUUUCUUGAAAAUUCAGAGCAGUGGAAAAUCCAUUUUCAACCUGACUUAUCACUCCAGACCUACAGUGUAAAGAGAACCAGAUAUCAGAGAUGUAGGCUAUCUGCGACGCAAGCUACAAUAAACAAACCCCUUUACUGAAACGAAGUCCUUUGUACAGCGAACGAUAUCCCUAUUUAGUAAAAUCCAACUAGUGGUAUAUUAUCAAAGCAGUGUUCUGAUUGGUUUAGCUAAUACAAGGCUAUAUGUCAUAGCCCACUAGUAGCGAAAGCGCGGGCCUUUUGGCGGCAAAAAACGAUUAAAGUCUAGCUUUAACUAGCUAGAAUUUUUUUAUUCUCGAUAUUUUUGACGAACUAGUUGGAUUUUGCUAAAACAAUUAUUCCUCUCGCCCUCAUGGCCUCUGAGUCAAUAGCCCAUUCGGGCUCGAGGAAUAAUUGUUAAAUAUUGCACUAACAGUAACAGAUAAAUCGAAAAGAACCUCCAUAUAAUGAAACUCCGUUAAAGCGAUCAUAUUUUGCCAGUCCCAUGGUCCCACGUUUCAGUGUAUAUCCAGGUUCCGUUGUAAAAGAUCAGUGCUUCAUAGUUCUUGAUUAUGUAUGUGAUUAUGCGAAGCGAAAAGUAAUCAGAACCGGGAAGCACACCGGCACCUAGAAUUUCUUUCUUCAAAAUCCUGAAAAAAAGUCAUUUUGGUCUAGGCGACAAACUUUCGAGAAAACGCAAACUGGAAUGAACUGAACUUCUAUCUUCUAGUAUUGGGACGAAUUCCUGUUUUGACCAAUUGGUUUGAGUCUCCUCACAGAAACUUCACCAGCAAAAGGUCAACUGCAACAUCUAUUAAACGUAUCUUGAUUUAUGAGUUAACUCGUUUCAGUGCGAUCAAAACCUCUUUGCUUACUUUUUUGUCUUUUUAUUCUCAUCAUUCCUUUCAUGAUCUGGUAGAUCGAAACUUUACGCUUUUUUACAGAGUGGGGUCAGUUGUCGCCAUGCAGUCAGUCAUGUCAAAAUGGUUCUCGGGUACGUCUUCGGAACCGCACAAAUCCCCCACCAGCAUUCGGUGGCAGAGACUGCGUGGGACCUGGGAAUACCACUACCACUACCACUACAAUUACCAUUACAGUUAGCAUUACCAUUACUACAACUACUGCUGCUACUACCACUACUACUACUACUACUACUACUACUACCACUACCACUACCACUACCACUACCACUGCCACUACUAUUACCACUGACAUUAACACUACCAGUACCACUACCACUACAACUACCAGUACCGCUACCAUUACCACUACCACUACCACUACCAUUACCACUACGACUACGACUACCACUAUCACUACCACUACAACUACCACUACCAUUACAACUACCACUACCAUUACAACUACCACUACCAUUACUACUACCACUACCAUUACUACUCCUACAACCACGACACCGACCACUACUACUACGACUACAACCACGACAACAACGACCACUACUCCUACAACCACGACACCGACUACUACUACUACUACUACUACUACUACUACUACUACUACUACUACUACUACUACUACUGCUACUACUACUACUACUACUACUACUACAUCUACAUUUGCUUUUGCUUCUUCCACUUGUAUAUUAUUAAUGAAACUCAGACGCAAAGCAUAAUUAUCAUAAAUAAUCUUUCAAUUUAUUUCAGUUGAUGGUAACUACACAGAGUGGACUCCAUGGGGGCAAUGCAGCGCAACAUGUGACAAUGGAACGCAAACUCGCUACCGGUCCUGUAUCAAUCCCGCACCAUUAAAUGGCGGCCGCGACUGCGAAGGACCAAGAAAUGAGACACAGCUAUGCAUUAUCGAAGCUUGUACCCGUAAGCUUGAUGACAAUACUUGUUUUAUACACGGACAGAGUAAUACAAUUUAUAAUUACAUCUGUCUCUAUAAGCACUUCCUACUCCUACAACAGUCACACCAUAAUCAACUAUGGUUUUACCAUGGAUGAUCAUGGUCACCCACCAUAGUUUAACAUGGUAAAGCAAUGAUAUAACCUUGGUUUGGCCAUGGUCAACCACGAACUUUAAAUGACGCAAAUUUGACUAUGGCGGACCACGGUCAGGGACAUGACGAACUAUGUAUGAUCAUGGUUCCAAUGCCAAUGUUUACCACGGUCAAUUGUGGUCUAAUAUUGAAAGGGAAGCUAAAGCAAACAACGAUAUACCAUGUUUAAGGUGGAAAAGAUAACAUUAUAUAACAUGGUCAGCCAUUUUCAAAGUAAAAGCUAGACACGGAAUAACGUAGACAACCAUGUAUGACCUUGGUCAAAGAAACAUGUUUAACCAUGGGUUACCAUGAUAGGAAAGGGUGAGAGGCACAAAGUUUGCGGUGAAUUUAAACACCAUAAAUACCUAGAUUUAUGGCCAUAUCAAGGCUCCAAGGGAUCGUCAGGAUAAAAUUACAGUUACAUACCAAUCAGAUCGAACUAAUUGACCUCACAUGUAGUGCUGUGGUUUGAUGCUAAAAUAUGCUUGAGGCGUGCACACAUAUUACACCUUAACCCUGCACGCAACUCUGAUUUAAUACAAAACUUCGUCCACACCUGUUUUAAAGGAGUAUUUCAGCGGCCCCAAAAUACAGAUGGGUGUGGCCCGCAUCAAUAAAUCACUAGGAUAAGAGAACGUGACCAGAGCGCAGACACCAUGGGUAUAUCUUGGUGCGCGGUUCUUUCCUCCCCGUCAACGGGAUACAAAAUGUAACAGUUUAAGGCAAUUCUAGUCAUCUUGCAUCGUUAUAAUCGUUACUACUAAUGAUUAUCUAUAAGUUCUCGGUAUAGUGUUCUCAGUGAUGUUAUUUCUUUAAGCGCUUAGAACAGCGAUGUAUAAGCGCUAUAUAAAUUCCAUUAUUUAUUUAAAAUUCCAUAAAUAAAUUCCAUUAUUUAUUUCUUUCUAUCUGUAGCUCGGCUGUAUCCUUAUGGCGUGCAAUUUAAUGAUGCCAGACUUCCCAACUCCCCGGCCUUGAGAAGUUUCUGUUUCAGGAUAAACAUCGAUGGCCAGGGAAUCCAUUUCGUCUUAAGAAGACACCGAAGAAUUUAUGUAAGUACUGCCAUUUUUUUAGUCGUUAUAGUAUUGUUAUCAAUUGCUAGUCAUGUGAAAUGAAAAACCUUUAUCCGUUUCUGAUUGGCUCAAAUCACCUGGCUAAUUCUUCAUAACCCGCUACCGUUGACCAAAUUUAGAAGAUAUUUGUAGAUAUCGGUACAAUUGACGUCAUUGUUUUGCCUCGUUCUUUAUUGUUAUGCUUUUUGACAGCAUUGUAAAGUGUAGACAACACAAUCCAAUGCCAUGCAUAAAUUUGACGGAGUAUUGGACAAUCCUUCAGCCCCUUACCAUUUUUAACAUCAAAGUUACCCCUUUCGUAUACCUUUUACUGACAAACAGUACCCCCUUCAUUUACCUAGUUUAGAACUUCCCAUCCCUUUACUGCUCCCAUCCCUUUUUUUCACUGCCCCUAAAUAAAAAUGCUCUCCUAGCUUUGGACCUCCGAGUGACAGAUUUCCCACCCUUUCAUAUACCUGAUGCCUGAAAAAAGUUACCCUUUUUGCCUGAAAAAAAGUUACCCUUUUUGGGCCGAGCCUCCCCGUACGGGCAGUACCUUCCCUCCUCCUAGAUAAUGGUCGCAGCGUUGAUUUCAGCCCGGGCGACAGCGUUGAAACCAGCUUCCUAAAGCACCCGACGACGCUGCCUCCAGUGUCAAAAGCUUAACUGUUGUAUAUACCUAUACCGUGGACAAACUGCAUCCUGAGAAUAAAAAUUCAUCAGACCAUUUGAAUUUUGAAUUUAUUUUUUUAAGUAUUGCUUUUUUAACUUCAUGACUACCAUUUCGUUUUUAAGGUAUGUCGAAAUGGUAUGUUAAAAUUUAUUAGUUCAAGGGUCAUUCAGUGGCCUGAACGUUUUCCUGGUCGAAGAAACGAAGAUGGAAUUCAAAGAUUCCGAAGCUCUUUCAUCUUGGCACCGUACUGGACUGUCAUUAGUCACGCAGCUUUCGGAAAUCAACCAGGAUCCUCUAAGGUCUUUUAUCAAGUGUACAACAAGUACUCCAUGAAUUCCAACAAUGACAGGGAAGUCUUCAAAAGAGCAAAUAGAGAUGUGCAGCGGUAUCAAGCAAAUCCCAAAAUUCCUCUAUUUGAAGCGAGCUGGAUACUGGUGGUGACCUGGGUCAAUAUUUACCCUAGUUUAUUUCCUUUCGCACAAACGGUAAGCUUUUUUUAAGCAACCUGUGGACUUCAGGAUUGUUCAAGCUUAGACCAAAUUUUAUUUUAGUUUUUUCUUCGUUAUAUGUCACGGUUAGCCAAAGAGCUACCCUACAACAGAUCGCCAUCAAAGUUAUUUAUUUUUUCUACAUACUUGAAGCUAGAUUGGUCGGAGUCCCACUUUCUAGAUAUCCGUUUGUAACUAGUUUAUAAAUGAAUGUUAAACGGAAAAACCGUCAGGGAUGCGUGACACUUGUACUUCAGUAGACAUUAUAUACAUCCUUCGCGCACUAUUACACGUUUACAUGCUCCGAUCAUUUUUAUGAUGUCUAUGAUAUUGCCUAGUACUGUACAACGGUUUUUCUCACACUGAAGAGGGGUCAUAAACCGGAAACGUUUGUGUUUUUUGAAAACAUUUGACACUUUUUGAUAUUUCUAAGACUCAGGGAACUGAGUUGACACAAAUAGUCUUGUCCCAAUCCCUCACGUCUAAUUUCUUUCUUGGCCGCCAUUUGAACAGCAGGAGAUGAUUGAAAAUUAAAUUGACAAUAGAAGAUCUUGUAAGUGGAUACGCUCUGGAUACGGAUAAGAUUUUGGUAACUGUAACUGGUCGCUUACAAGAAUGUAAGAAUGCAGAGUUUGUAUAGGAGUUGAGAAAAACGGGAUUUUCUGAGGGUGGCCGUAAUAAGAGCUGUCCGCUUACGAGAGUGUCGAUUAGGAGAGCUUGCACUGUACUUACUUUCAACGCUAGAACUACAUGACUGAUUUGACGCAUGCGCUACACUCACUCUCAUGCCACUCCUUCACGACGUUGACUGAUUACGAAAUGGGAUUUCGAGAAUUACCACCGGCAGUCUCGUUUGAACAUUGUUGUAAAUCAGCAUGACUGACGUGACGGUAGUCUAAGUGCCUGUUCUUUCCAUCGGUGGGCCAUUUUAGCAAUUACGCUGUUGAUAGCUGAUUUUGAGUUCGUGUCUCGUUUACUGUAACCGUUUACGGCAUUAGAUAUUAACUUUAUGAAAUGUUAUUUCUUAGGCAAACACAUUUCAGGCUGUUCUUAUAUCAGAUGGUUAUCAUACUUUCACGUUGUUCAAUUAUCCUGAAAACGGAAUCAAAUGGUCAACGCCUACACCAGGGUAAGGCAACGUUUUCUUGCUGUCAAUUUUUUUUUUAUUUAGACAAACGUUUUUUCUAUUUAACUCAGGAACCCUAAGCAGAAGGUCAUGAGCUAGACCUGGGCCUGAGUCAUGAGGGAUAACUACGCGCGCCGUUACGAUUUUAGGGGACGGUUAAAGGGGCUAUGUCACAAGGAUAUUGCUGUUUUAGGCCCAUUCUGAGCUUAAGUGAUUAAUUUGUACCUUUACUAAUACACAAGGAGUUAUGAAAAGGAUAUCAAACAAGUUUCAUCAUGGAACACUAACUAAAAUAAUUUUGGGCGAUUUUUGCUGGCUUAGCAUUAAAAUUUGAAAAGGUUCCAUUGGCCCAACGUUAUCAAAUUUCACUCCAUUUCCAUCUUUGUCUAGUUUGCAAGUUUUGCAAAAUAAGGCCGCUAAAGUUAUUUUAAAUAGACCAUUGUACUCAUCCUCCUCUGAGGCAUUAGCCGUUCUCAAGUGGCUCCCUCUAGAGAAAAGGCGAUUUCAAAGAAGGUGUAUACACGUAUACAAAUGCAUCAAUGACCUAAUUAAUCACGAUAUGGACUUGAUUAGACAAGACGUACUUCAUAGGCAUAAUACACGUAACAAAGGCAAUUUUAGAUUACCACGUGUCAAAAGAAAUUGGGGGAAGCAAAGAACACAAUAUCAUGCCGUUUCCGAUUUUAACUCCCUCAGUCAGACGAUCAAAGACUCAAGGAAUGUAAAUAGUUUUAAACGUAAUGUUUUUAAGUUUUUGAUAUAGCUACUUACGUUUAAUUUUUACUUAUACUUAUUUUUAAUUUUUUAUGCAUUUUUUGUAUCUCUUUAAUCCCUUUCCAAUUUUAUAGCUUUUUUUGUUUUUAUAAUAUAUAUCUAGUUUUGAGGUCCUUUUUGAAAACCAUAUCUUUUAUGAAAAAGUUUCCUCAAUAAAGAUGAUUAUUAUCUUUGCUAUCUGUUGCAACAGACGACAGAAAACGGUUUCCACAAAAAUAACAAAACUGGACCAUUAUUUUGGAAUUCAGUUGAUUCAAGGAAGAGUUUUAGCUUUCUAAAAAUAUGGCAAUUUAUAGCCUGACAUAGCUUGUUUAGAACACUCUCAUUUCUGGAAAGAGUGAAACAGAGCCAGAAUGCAGAGAGAAACAUUUUACACCACUAAUUGAUCUGCAUGGCAAAGAGUUCCAGUACAAUCUGCUACAAUGCUUACUGGUAUUUGACUUAUUUUUCUUCAGGCUAUUCCGUCCAGUCUGGCAAAAUGCAGCUGGACUUCCCGUUGCCGGAUAUAAUGCAGGUGUCGGAUUUAAUAGUCCAUCCCUGCGUUACGUCAAUUUACCCAGGUAAUUUUUGUUAUUCCUUUAUAUGUCAUGCUAUUACUACAGCUGAAUCCAAUGAAACUGAAUAAAUUGUUUUCCCACGAAAUCUCCAGAUGAUGAUGAUGGUAAUGAUAAUAAUUACAAUGAUAAUAAUAACAAUAUUUUUAAUUUAAUUAUUCAUACGAAAUAUUUCCAACGUAAUAUAAAAACACUCGUAUCUCUCGUAUCUCGAUCUAGGCAAAAUAAAUGAAAUUAAUCCUCGGAUCAUUUCCUUCAUCUGAGUUACCAAGCCUACUGCUUUGGCUUUUUCCGUCGAUUAUGAGUACUAUAUUGGCCACUUUCUGGCUGCCCUACGCCUCUUUUUCAAAGCGAGGCUAAGUGGGAAGCUAUUGAUAUAAAAAUAAUUUUUAAUUAUCAUGCAAAUAAAACUCGUUUUCACUUGCGAGAGAGGGAGUUUGUGUAACUCGGAAGUGGAAUAUUGUAUUGAUAUCGACAAACGUCUUUCAAAUUUGAUCAACGCAAGCGCAAGCUGGUUAUGAAGAAUUAGCGAAAGGAUUUAAGCCAAUCAGAAACAGAAAAAGAUUUGAACAAUAAUAAUAAUAAUAAUGACAAUGAUAAUGAUAAUUCUAAUGAUAAUAAUAAUAAUAAAGAUGAUACUACUACUGAUGAUAAUAGAUAAAAAUUACCAAAGCUCGAUGUCGUACAAUAACUUCCACUAUCUUUGAAAUAUCGCAUGCAAUUUAGGAUUGUGGAUAAAUUCCUUCGGUUAAUGCAUUACAAUGAAAGCUCCUCGUUUGUUAGUUCUACCGAAUAGCGUCCGUUUCUCUGUAUUUUACCCAAUGAAAUUUGUCUUUUAAAAUUUAUUAAAAUUUAUUGAAAGGUAGAUGGACGGUGCACAACGUUGUUUAAGUGCUCAGAAGUAUUCACUUAGAAACUUCCACACUUUUUGGAUUUUAUUUAUAAAUUCAGAAGUUAGAACUACAUUGUGUAACAUAAUAAACUGUACCACAUACCUGGCAUUUCCUUCAAUAAAAUCUUUUCUCUGGUGCUUUAACACUUUGCCCUUUUCCAUGGCGAAACUGUUUUAAGGGCAAGUGUUAAUAACACUUCUGUGAUCUACAUGAGCUGUGAUUUUUCGCCCGCAACAGGUCGGGAACUGUUGAUGUGGACACAUUAGAUGCCCUUCCUGGAACAGCAACAAAUCGUCUUGGAAGGUGGUUUUACAGGCUUGAUGAAAACUCGCCUUUUCAGGACUUGUCAAGCAGAACAUGCGCCGAAUGGAUAAGGCAGCAGUUCAACGUCCAAAGACCGUUGACCUUACCUGCUUGCCCCUGUCAGUUCAACCAGGCUACCUUGGAUAAACGUUUCUUCGUAGAUUACAACGGAACUCUCGCUACAAGAAAUAAUGGAACUAUAUGCGCAUACUCCAUACCUGCUGUAACAAGCCGAUGGUCGCAGCAGUGUUGUUACACGGACAUUUCAGGGGGUGGAAAAGUACUCUCGCUGGGACCACCAGAAGGGGGUAGCCCGUUGUUAAUCCCCUUCACUGGGGCCCCUGGUUUAUCUGAUUUCGAGGGCCGUGAUGCAUGUUGCAAUACAUCGAGUCUUUGUUCUUUCUACCAUCAGCUACGUCCAUCUCGAAACUGCUUAGAUUACACAUUAAGACGCAGAGGUGAAUGAUUUAGUUUUGGUCUAACAUAAAUUAAAAUUUAAGCUUAGAAUUGAAUCCACUUCCAUCGUAUUACCCAUUCAAAUCAUAAGACCUCUUAAUUCGUUCUUAAAGCUACUUAAAGCUACACGAACAGUAAAGAAGUCGAUUCUUAGUUGAGUUUAAAAGUGGGAAUAGAAAUCAGAAUCUCCCGCAAAGGACCCCUAACUCCUUGCUCCUGUGUUAAUCCUUUUUGUUUUUGUUUAGGUUCUAUAUGGGGAGAUCCACAUUUCACAACACUUGAUAACACUACAUACACCUUUAACGGCCUUGGGGAAUACACAAUGACUGUUAUUGACAACGGCGUGUUUGAGAUGCAGGCGCGCACAAGAAGGACCACGGGUAGAGGCCUGGGAACGGUGUUUUCAGCAGCGGCUGCGAAAGAAGAAAACACUGCUAUUGUGGAAGGACGAAUAGACAAUAAGGGUAAUUUCAAUUAGUAGUAGCUAGAAGAUGAAAGACAAAAUACUCACCUAAAGCUACAAACGAAUUGAGACCAUUCUUAACUCUAACCAACGUUUCUCUAAACCAGCUUUUCAGUUAAUAAAUGUUUUGAAACGGUGCAACAAAAUUUUGAGACAAUUUACAGAGGCCGAUUAGCUGAAUCUAUACUGACAAUUCUUUCAGGAAAGAGUUUAAACCAGUUGUGUGUUGAUAAAAUUUAUGAAUCAUACACGAUAGGUUCAAAGCAUCCCUUGGGAUUUCCUCAUUGUUUUAGAGCCUCUAGAGAGAAGCCAAGGAGGGCGAACAUUUCUGUUUCUUAAAACAAAACCCUUAGAACGUUUUGUACUUAUUAUGACAUUCAUUUCGUUAGUCGUAUUAAAGAAGUUGCCGAUCACAAUCUAUUUUACGCAGACUGUCAUCUCGUUUAAGGAACUGUAUUUCCCUUAUCAGUUUCCAAAACAGCUUUGGUGUCAAUAUUCUGAUUUUAAUUUACUUCUUAUUUUUACAAAGGUGGUCUUGAAGUGCUCGUAGCGGGAAGACAGUAUGACAUCUCCUCUAUUGCGCAAUUUGGCGCACACCUUCCAGAAGCAAACAUCACGCUGAUUAGAGAUUCUGACGGCUCAGUCACUGCCCUCUUCCCAUCCGGGAUCUCUUUCAUUUUCGCUAACGUCGAGAGAGCCCUGUCCAUUUCAAUUGAUGCCCCAGUUGAGUUUAAAAACCGCACCAGGGGUCUUUUGGGAACAUGGAAUGACAAUCCUUCCGAUGAUUUUGUUACCCCGGAUGGGAAAAUGCUCCCAGCUGAGGCUUCUCCUCAGGAGAUACAUUAUAAAUUUGGCUUGAAAUGUAAGUAAUAGAAACUUAAAAGUUUAUUAAACGAAUUCCAAUAAGGACUUAAGCAAUAAUGUUGAAACGAGCAAUCCGAAAUCAGGAUUUUGCUCAUUUCUUUUCUAUUUCUUUUUACGAUGCAUUAUCGUUCGUUACUGAAAAAUGUUGAACGAAAGUCAUAGCAGAACUUUUUUUACAUGUACUUUAUACGCAAUAAGUUUCUAAUGAGUGAACGUUUUUCAACAGUCAAACUGUAGAGGUAAAUUUUUAAGCAAUGUCAAAGUAAUAUAUAAAUUGGAUACUCUACUGAGGAAUUUUUUAAGGUACAGCCACAGAAGAGACGUCUCACGCAGCCUGGUACCAUUUUCUCCCAACUCUAUGCCGAGCGGUUUUCAGUCAGUUUUCAGACAGUAAUUCUUUUCUUCCUCCCAUUUCCAGGGCAAAUUGACGCUUCAAAGUCACUGUUCACUUACGGCGCAAAUGAAAGCUCGGCAGCCUUCAUAGACCUGAGCUAUGUACCAAUGUUCAUAGAUAACAUCACCUGGACAAACGACUCGUUCCGGCUUCAAGCGGAAAGGGUCUGUGGGAACAACACCAAUUGUCUGUUUGAUGCUGCCGUGACCAUAGAUACUUCGUAUGGGUGGACGACAAGAAGACAAGAGGAAAUUAAUAACCAAGUAAACAGAGAGCUAGGUACAGGGAUGCAAUCUGUAACAACGGUAUAAGACUAUCGUUUGAAAUAAAACGAUAAGUUGUGAGAAUAGGGUCUCAAGAAAAAAAACCUGUAAAUAGCUUGGAAUAAGUGACGCACCAGCCACAUUUCAAGGACUCGCGAUUCCUUUCGGAAAAUAAAAUCAAACGUAUUCUGGAAACAAAACCAUAAAAGGACAUAAAAAAGUACAAAACGAUUAGAGUUAUCAAAUAGAGUUGUCUGUUCCAAGGCAUACUCUGGCAACUGUUUUUGUUAGAACCCUGUCAUUUAGGUAUGAAACACCACGUUGCAUGUACGCUUCCAUACAUCUCAUGAAAUAUUUCUGUUCUCUUAAACACAUAUUCUUGAGAAUUAGAUCUUACCUUCUUGUCCUCUUCGCAGCAUCUUUCCCCCCAAGAAUUCACGGACCAAACGUCAUCAACGCUACCAUCAAUCAAACGAUUGAAUUGAACAUCACAGCUGAACAUAACUCAAGUGAUUACUUCGUGUUUACAGUAUGGAAUUUUCCAAACGUUGAAAUUGUUGCUAAUACAUCACAGUACCUGGUUAUUCGUUGGCAGCCCAAAUCUACCCAGACGGUAAGUCAUCAUAUUGCUAGCAGUAUAGAAACUGUGUAAUAUCUGAGUUAACUUCUACCUUUACUCCCAAGGCUUUUCACUAUGUUCGUUGAUUCUCUUUUCUCCACUAUUUAAAUCUUAAAUUGUUGGGAAUAUUCUACUUUGGCCAUUUAUAGAGCGAGAAGGCUAAAGAGCUAUCCAAAAUGCCUGAUAUUGCUCGUCAACACUAUAAUUAUAAUUCCUACCGAUAACUCAUCUAGUUUCGCCUCUAUUACUUCGAAUUAGGUGGAACCCGUGUUUGACGUGACUGGCAGCGAUGGGUCUUCGUCAGAGCUCCGCCCAAUGAUUGUGUUGUGCCCCUGUGAACAUCCAUCCAGAUGUAUCGAGGACGAGGUCGUUCAGAUUCAACGAGAAAGUGGUGCUAGAUUUAUCAUCUUGUCAUGCGGAUGUCCCUCGGGAUUUACGGGACAGUUUUGUGAAAGUAAAAUUGACGCAUGCGUGGAGAACAACCAGCCUUGUUUUCCCGGUGUCAAGUGUUAUGAUCUUAAAUCUUCAGGGGGUAAGACGGGAUAUAGGUGCGACCCGUGUCCCGCGGGAUACCGUGGGGAUGGAGCGAUAUGUGAAGGUACGAAACAACAUUUGAAAAGGUUGUCAUGGAGGGAUCAACUAAUGAAAACAAGAAUAAACGAUUAAAUGAAUGUUGUAUUGUUUUCGACAGAUAUCGACGAGUGUGCUUCAAACGUGUCCAAAUGUGGCCAACUAUGUAUAAACUCUCCGGGAUCCUAUUUGUGUGACUGUAACUAUGGUUACCAACUCGACAUUGAUCGCACCAGCUGUAAAGGUAAAAACAACCAAAAAUCACUCCAUUUUUUACUCAAUUUAUCUGCAGUAUUCUAUCUUGUGCAAUCCGUCACAUUCUAAAGUAAUCUUUGUAAGUAACAUUAGUUUGCGCCAAAACCAGUAGCACGUGGCAUUACUUAGCAGAAAUUUGUUAAAUUUGUUAAGGGUCUUACUUCCACCAACCUCUCUAACUAAAGAAGAUAAAUUUUAAAUCAAUGAUAAAAGCGAACCACAACUUAUUAAUUCGUUACAGGUUAAUGCUUCCAACAACAAUCAGGCUAUCAUGUGAUUUACAUACCAAUGGUCCUAACUUUAAAGAGAAAAUACGACCACGAUUUUCAAAAAACUAAUUAGUUAAUGUUGAUGUAGCUCUCAGCUAAAAUGUUUCGUGAAACAAACGUUUGCCAAAUUGCUGUAAUAAUUACUAAUAACUUGUGUUGAAUAAUUUGUUUUUCAGAUAUUAAUGAGUGCGUGGAUUUCAAUAAUUGCAUGCAUAACUGUUCAAACUUCCCUGGUGGUCGAAACUGUACAUGUUUCGAAGGAUUCCAAGUAGACCCUAAUGACAACACCGUUUGCAUACGUAAGUAAAAGACCCCCUUCCAAAAAGGGUUAGAUACCCCAGUGCACCUCGAAUACUCUUCUGGGAAAGCUAAUCCCUUAUUACAAGUUGUAUUAAGUUCGCUUAUUCCUUUAUUUUUUCUUCAGCAAUUUUGAGCUGCAACGCUACAGCGACAGGCUGCCAGCAGGUUUGUGCCAUGGUUCAUGGGCUGCCAAAAUGUUCUUGUCACAAAGGAUACGACCUCGACAAUGAUGGAAAAACUUGCCAAGGUAGGAAAAACAUAAUUAGAGAGCCUAAUUUCACUAGGAGCUGUUUUUAAUAUGUAUAGUAUGUGAUACAUUCUUAGCAUACGACGGUUAAGAUGGUCAUGUACUUAAAUAGCCUCAAAAUGCUACAACACAAACUGAGUGUAUGUGAAAUAUACUUCCUCUUUCAUUCCUACUUCCUUCAUCUCAGCACGAGAAGAAAUGUUAUAAUGGAUAUCCAAAGAGUUAAAAAUGAAUUGAUACAGCAAAUAUGCUCUAUGCCUGCGUGGCGCUUUAAACAGUUUGAGUUUUAUGUCAUUUUUGAAGAAAUCCAAUGCAAAACUUAAUGUGUUUAACUUCCUCGUGACUGGUAUCGGGUAUCACAAAGCCAAAACCCCAAUCUUUUAAUGCGUUUAAAAAAGACAAAAACCACCGUGUUAGGACAAAAUUUCCUAAAUUACUGAAUUGUUCCAUGCUGGGUUGCACCUCUUGAUAUGGACAGUCUUUUCUUUUUUCGAUGGUGAGCAAUUUUUCUUUUAUGUACAGAUAUCAAUGAAUGCACAACACAUAAACACAAGUGCUCUCAACUAUGCCACAACAGCGACGGAAGUUACAAGUGCUCCUGUCGCCCUGGCUUCACUUUAUCCUCAGAUGGCGUUACAUGCAAUGGUAAUGAAAACCGUUAUAGAGUUAAUGGAAAGAACUGUCAGUACGUAACACGCCUGUUUUUAUUUUCUCAGUUCACCUUCUUGUCGUAAGAGAAAUGCUGUCAAGAGUCUUCGUUUGGGGUGCGGGAGGGGGUACUCAACAGUACAUAAGUGCAUAAGUGGGGACAGGGGGUCCAAGCUUUCGGCCCCUGUGUCUUCCGGACCCCUACCCCCUGUCGUUCCAUACUAAUGUUCAGUUUAUGACUUGUGCUCUUUUAGUAGGUUUUAACACCGUUUUCUGUUUGUUUCAGAUAUUGAUGAAUGUGGUUUGAUCGAUGAGCUAUACUGUGCAGGACCAUUAGAUGUCUGUUUUAACACCAUUGGAUCUUUUCGCUGUGAUUGUCAACAAGGCUUUCAGCGUGUUAAUAAUACAUGCAAAGGUAAUACGUAAGUCAUUCUUAGAACUGCUAACUUGAAUCAUUAUUAUAAUAUCAACAAAUAUUUAAUUUUUUGGAAAAGAAAUUUCUACAGACAGCAUCAUGAAGCUGCUGACACUGAUGAUAAUUACUUGUAAACACCCUCCAAUUUUUAAAAUGCACUGCCUAGUUGCUUGUUUUGGUUAAAUGGUAUUCAGAAGUCAAUUCAGGGAAACGCUUUGAAUUGGUUUACAAAAAGAAGGCUGGAGACGAAAAUAACUCUUAAACUUGUUCCAUACUGACCAAACUGACUGAUCGGGUAGAAACAUUGCCUAUUUUCAUUACUCGCUCGUAAUCUAAACGGUCGUUUGCAAUACAAGCCCCAGAAAGACGAUGGAUUAUAUAUUAUGUCUGAAUUACUGUUAAUACAAUUACAUUUUUGCAAAUAAGUUUAGAUCUCGAGGCUUAUUUUUCCUUAGAGUACUUCCCGGAAACAAAAGCACGGUUUCAAACAAGUGCGCCAACGUUCCGUUCCGUCAAAACAGACCUGAUUCCUAAAGACGGCAUCAAUAAUGCAGUUACCAUGACCUUAAAGGAUACCAGCUUAAAAGAGGUAGAUUUUAAUCUUUUCUCUCAUGAAGUACUGCAAGAUCCUGUAUAAAAUUGCUAUAAUUUAGUGUAGUUGGUUUAAGAACUGGCCAUAAAAUUUCGCACGUUAAAAACCUCAUUCACCUUAUGAGAUAAACACUUACUAUGCUUAUCUUCCAUGGACAAUGAAUGUGGCAAGAAAAAAAACGUACAUACAGGUAAUUCCGUUACUGCUCAAAAGCGUUUAGUGGAAUUCAUCUUGGCACGUCUUUUGUUCAUGGAAUGAAACAAUCUGGUGUCAUCUACAUUUCAAUCUCUGUUUCUGCCACAAAAAGGAGCUUGACUCAGCCCCUUAGAUACUACUGUCACACAAGAACUGAGGGGAACAUACACUUCUCCUCAUUGACAUAAAUUAAACUUACAAGACGAUGCCUGGGCAGAUGGAUGUUUCUUUUGGUUUUUCUGCUUUGCUUUAUAUAGCAUUUUGCAGGGAUUAAAAAUUUAAUUAGAUAGCCUUUGAUAAGUUAUAGUAGAUGCCAUUAAUGCUAUUAUUUUAAGAAAUUACACUGCAUGGAAAUUGUGAUGUGAUAGAAUUGUGCCGAAAUUGGAGCAUCUUUGAGUUUGGCGACAAUCCGGGUUUACGCAAAGAGCUUUCAAGCUAAAUGAAAAUUUAGGAAAGACGCCCAAGGGGUGGCACCCAGGUAUCCUCUACAUCCUUUGUUCGUUCGAGAAUAAGAAGGUACUAUCAAAGUUGAAACCCGGAAGAUAAAAAGAAAAAAAGGGCUAGCCUACGAACUCACAUGCUCUUAUCCUUUUAAGUGGCGUAGAGGACUAUCCAUGUCAUUUAAGGACGCUGUCACCAGAGUAGCUGUGGCGUAUUGCGAACAGGGAAAGAACGCUGAGUGCUAUAAUACUGCAGUUGUCAAAAGGUGAGGUAGAAACGUUUUUAUGUUAUCUAGAAAAAUUAGAAAAAUUAAAAAUUCCCGAAAAAAGCCGCUAUAGGAUCGCGUUGUGGAAUGUCAGUGGGAUAAUUCAUGCCGGUGGAGUUGUUUACUGACCUUGAACGGUCAAUUUUGGGUAUCCGUGGAUAUGUAUCACCAUGCAUUAACAGGAGCGGUAUAUUAUGUAAUAAUGUUUGUGACAUCUUCUAUUCACAGGCUAGCUUAUACAGCAAGGCUAUUUCGUCUUCAUUAUUUUCUGCAGGUCUGUAAGUGGUGAGACGCUUACUGGAAGUGUUGAGUUGCUAAAGCAAUUCCCAAAAGAACAGCGCUCCUAUCUUGUCGUGGCCUUUUACGUGAUACUUCAGAACGUUCAAGGAGAAGGCUACGUUAUGAAUCAAAAUGCCUUAGUAGACGCUCUUAAGGAAUCUGUGGCGGCAUUGUCUUCGUCGAUUAAAAAAGAAGUGUACAACAUUCAGGCGUACCUCAAAGAAGACAGAAUCAGUCCACCAUCUCGUGAAUCCCAGAUUGACAAGUUGCAGAAUAAAUGGAUAAUAAUUGGUGUCUCCGCUACUAUAGCGUUCGUCAUGGUUAUGGUAAUGAUCGCCUUGUGCAGGUAAUAAGAUAAGAAUGAUAAUAUUAUAACUGCACAUACACUUGAUUGCAAUAACGUUGUUAUACAAAUCAGCGAAAGCUAAACCAUAGAAAGCCAAAUAGUAAUUAAUAAGCCACGCAAACUGUGUUUUGAUAUUUGAAAACUCUGAAACAUUCUGCCAGAACAGUACAUACUUCAUUUGAACCAUUUGAAGUAAAUAAUGAUAUUGGCCCCUGUAAAGACGAUAUAAUCUCCUGUUCAUUCUCUCGUCAGACUUGAUCCCUGAAUGUAGAAAGCGUGCCAAAUUCGUUCCUAUCAGGCUUUUUCAAUUCCCUUUUUGCAUGACAAUGUUAUUUCAAUUAGGUGUAUAUUUCAGUGGCUUUUACAUGCAUUGUCUGUUGUUUACGAAAGCGAGAUGCGAUGGCAACUUUUAAGUUAGGGUAUUUCAUGAUUUUAGGCUCAGAAAAUUUAUGUUAGUCCCAAGGCCGGUUGUUCGUUGCUCUCAUUUUCCAAUCGUGUGAGCAAUUAUUGUACGACACUGAGGAAAUUCAUUACCACAUUUUUAUAAAAAAAAAUUACUGGUGCCUUUAAGCUUCAACCAGAAAUGGGCUGCUGGCUCUAACUGUGGAAGAAAAAUAAGAGCGAUUUCUCAGUAUUCUAAUCGAGAAAUCACUUUUCAACUCACUAAAUGCAUGUGUGUGUCCAGGCUUCGCUUCACAGAAUCCACUUCACGCGAUUCACAUAAAUUCCUUUCCUGAAUUAGAAAUAUCUGUUAUAAGAUUCAGAUGUAAAUACUAUGCUCUUUCUUGCCUGGUCUUUGAACGGCGUCUUCCCAGAAAUUCUCGGUGAAUGCAUUUGGGUGACGUAAAACUCGCUCGGACUACGUGACCAGAAACGUAUAGGCUGCACUGAAUAAUGAGGCCUACGAACUUUCCACUUAUCGCCGUUUAGCUUUAAAGUCAGGCACAUUACCUCUGCACACCUAAACACAAAAUUACUUUAAUUUGUAAUCUCUCAAGCUGACUAUUUUUUCUGCACGUCCAAGCAAAAAAGUUUUCCUUUUUACUAAGUGGUAGUCCCAUUCAGUCAUGUACUUUUGGUAAACAAUAGUCUAAUAGGAAAAACUACCCAUCCUUACCCUAACCCACCAUUGUACCCAAAGUCAUGCAGACGUUAGUGUUAACAUUUGGUUAGGGGAGGGUUAAGUGGGUGGCAUUGGUCCAGAAACGUAAACUGAUCCUCAAACCUUUGAGGCGGCAGAACACUUUUUAACCUUGAAGUCGGCAACUUGAAAUAGUAGAAGAAAAACCAAUUUCUGGAUAUACAAGUACAAUUUUAUCACUUUAAGUUUAUUGAGAGUAAAAAGAGAAGGAUAAUAUAUAUGAAUAAUUACCUGUAUUAUAUUUAUUUUGCUCAUAUAUUAUCAUGCUCUAUUUUAGACGCAACAGACAGAAUUUAUACCACCCAACCAAGCUAGUCACCAACAUCGAAUUUUUCACUCUGCGCUGGAAUCGGGAUGGAACUCGAGAAGAAGAUAUGUUCCUGGGCAUACCUAAUCCGGGAAUAACUAGUUCGACGACUACUCUGUAAAUUAAGGCACUUAGAGAACCCGACGCAAACGUUCCCUUUAGCUGGCGCGACAUUUAUUCAACUGGUAUUUUCAAAUAUUUCUCACAGUUUGUAAGCAACGGAUUGUGUUCAAAAUUGGAAAUGGUUGCAAAUAUUGACGUUAAGAUAAAAAUAUUAAUAUCAAAGGUUCGUUGCAGUUAAGAGCGUUUAAUGCUUGGCGAUUCCGCUUUUAAAUUUAAUUCACGAAUUAACAAACAAAUUUUUUUAUGAUACCACAAUGUAACAAUUUUUCCCCUUUGCAGACAAAGGUUCUCAAACUUGUGUAGAACUGAACUAUACCUCGAUUCUCAACCCCCAAAAGAAAUAGAAAAACUCUUGCUACCUACAGAUUCUUGAGCUUCAAAGCAUUUUUAAAAUGUUGGUUCCGUUUCUUAUCGGCUUAUACAUGGCAUAAAAUGCUCUGUUUGUGCUGUCACCGCUAUUGUCAGCUCUUGUUGCUCUUGUGAGUUUGAGAGCAAUAAACCUUUGUUGUAAAAGUUUGUAAAGGUACCUAAGUACUUAUAGAAAAGGACGAUGUAAAUGACGUAAAAUGUAAGUACUUAGUAGCGCAUGAUAUUUAUUAUUAAGCACAUGUACUGAAGUAUUCGUUCAGUACUAAAUAAUAAUUAUAGCAAUUCGUCAUGUAAAUGAUUUAAGAAAUAAAUAUUACACGUAUUGCUGCUUUAU